AGAGAGGGCUGCUGUGACAGUGGGAAGCACAAUCCGCGUGCAGCCAGCGCGAGGCACAGACCUACUAACAAGCCGUGGGAGCAUGACUGGGCACAAAAAGGUAAGAACAACGCCGUCAACGUUACUUUCACGCACUUUUAAUGAGUUUUGAACGUAAAAAUGUGACUUUAUGAAGAGUUUCGAGCGUUAUCGUGAAGUUUGUUUGGAGUUGUAGUUUGUUGGAGGCUAUUUAUUGCAGAGUCAGUGUUUUUAGGGGUCACUGAGAUUCUCCCCAACUGUGCUAAUUCAGCUAAAACCGCUUCGACAGAGACACUGAUGGAAAAAUUAAGAAAUAUCUAUCAUUAUAACUGUUAACAGCAGUGUGUGUAAGCCUAAAAGUGAAUCCAGCUGAGUAAGUGAUGAAGCUUUGUUGGUGGAUUCAGGGUGUGCAGAAAUGCUUUACAACCACUAACCUGUCAGUACAGCAUGACAGAUGGGGGAAAUUCUCCUUAGCCAGAGGAAAAUAGUUGGAGAUGUUCCACACAGUUGUUAAAAAAUGUUGCAUUCAAGGCUAAUUUUAUGUCUAUAUCAUGGAUUUCACAAGACCUUGUUUUGAUUGUGCAACAAGGAUUUGAGGAAGGCAAUUAAUAGCCUAGAUAUCCUGCUCCAUACUGUAGUAAACUUUUGCCCAAAUGGUUCCUUGUGAUAUUUUUUCCCCUCGUAUUACUUAGGGGAUUCUUCCCGUCCACUCCUCUGCAGAGCGCUGAUUUAUGUAAUGUAGCUGGAAUGAAAAGUGCUGCGCAGGGGGUGGAAAUCUGGCUUUCUGGAAGUCAAACAGAUGAGGAGGCUUGUUUUAAUCAUUAGUCUCAUGGUAUCACUGGCACAGAGCCUGAGCUGGGGAUUCAUGGUUUAUAUUCGCAGGACUCGGCCUGUGCUCCCUUUGCACAGAGGUGUGUGCAGAAAGUGCUGAAUCACAUCUUACUCUGUCAUUUACCUCAUUGAAUCUUAUAUAUGUGGCCAUAAAAGAGGCAAUAAAAAGAUCUGCUCUGUUUCAUAAAGCACCAAAUUGCAUUAAUAUGUCUUUGGAUGGUUGAUCAGGUUGUUGAUCAAUACCACUGAGUCAGCAAUUAUUUCCCCAGAUGCUCCGAUUGUUUGCUCAAGUGCUUAGAUGGACAAAAGUGAGCCAAGAUUUGUUUUGCAUCAGAAACAUUUGUUUGGCCUGGCAGUGUAUGUUCGCCUUGAAUUUGCACCAGAGGAGGAAAAUAACAAAAGCAUGUCAGUUUUGGUGGGUUGUAUAAAAAUGUAAACAAUGGUUUCAAAAUAUUUAACUACAAGUGAAAGUUUAAACCCCAAAACACGGUUUACAGAUCGCUUGUCUUUCAUUCAAGGAUUAAAUAAGUUUACAAGCGCAUGUUUACUUGGUUUAAAAAAAAAAAACAAGGGUGAGAUGAGGGUAUAUUUCCACAAAGACUCAUUGUUACAACUUUUACUCUGUCCAGCUUGACAGUUUACUCUCAGCCUUCAUCAACUUCAGCUCAGGACUGUGUGCUGAGGUCAAAAUCCCGCAAACAAGCGAACAAGUUGACCCUGAAAAGCGUCUUUACCGACACAAGUGUUUCCGUGGAUUUCAGCCAUGACAGCUCAAUAAAAAGCUGUUUCCAAGCUAUCAUUAGGAACCGAUUUUACAGCCCCUUCAUGUCUUUGUUUCAGACCAUUUGAUUUCAUGUUUAUAGGAUUGUUUUGAACUUCAAUGAUAUCUUGCAGUAAUACAAGAAAUGAGAAAAACAUCUAAAAUAUUAGGAGAAACCAAGUGUUCUCAUGGCACGCAAAAGUGAAAAAAACAACUCACAGCAUUGGAAAUCUUUCUUUUUGGCACUAUUUCUGGAGGGAACAGUAGCUCGAGUUAUUUAUAUUUGGAAAUAGUUUUAUACUUUAAGAGCCUAAAGUGGUCAAACAGUUUCAAGCAGAGGACUGACUGUUAAAAUAUCUUUUUUUAAUCACAUCUUAUCUUGAAUAUUUCAUUUGUGCCCCAAAGGAGAUCUAAGAGAGACAGUUUGUGGUGUUUUUAGCUUGUUUCUAAGAGGGUCUUGUUUGUAGUGUUUUACCCACAGGGACAUAGAGGCAGCUUGACCUCUUUAUUGGGAAGCUGAGUUGAGAAGCAGCACAGAGGCCAGGCUGUACACAGGCCAUGCUGACCAGGCUGAUGUUACCACGUGAAAGCUGCAGAGGAUGUAUGUAGGAAUAGUGCUGAAACAAAGUGACUUUCUGAUGACAAAGUAAAGUGCUUAAAAAUGUCUAAGUAGAGCGCACACUUACACACUAAUGUUUGAGUAGAGUAGGGCUGGGCGAUACAGGAAAAAGUUGAUCACGACAUUUUUUUUUCAUAUCAGUCGAUAUCGAUAUCACGAUAUAAAAAAGGAAAUUCAACAGUGCUUAUUGGUAGCAUGUCCUUUGCGAUACAAUCAGCUCCUGCAUCUGUGAGAUCUUUGUGUCUCUGACAUUUUGCCAUAAGGCGUUGCGCUAGAGAAAGCAGACUGACUGGUCAGCUGUUUUGGCUGCACAGGCCCCACAGACUCUUGGCUCCGCUCGGGGAUUUUAACCUUUUGCAUUGCGCGUGUUCUGCUGCGUGGCGCUGCUUCAGGUGGUUAAAAAGAUUUGAGUUAUUCCCCGACUUUGUGAGAACAUUUACUCGACAUAAUUUGCAGUGCACAUUACUCUGCUUCAUGUUCAACCUUAAAAAAAAACAAAAUACGUCCACACCACCGGCGUUUUCAUGCCAGUGUUGUCGAUGAUGUCGUCAUCUGUUGAACCUUUAUCUGCAUUUCUGCCGGGGGUACUACUCAUUUUCUUUUUUGCUCACUGGCAGAGCUGUCAGCUUCACGUGUUGAAGUGCUAUGGUUGGGUGUAGCUGCAGACUGCUACAACACAGAUUUUUGCUACUUGGUUCUAAUUCAGCACAUGAUUGGUUCAGCGCAAAGUGGACCCAUAGCAACUCCCCUUUUCAUUGGCUGUUUGUAUAGUCUAUUAAAACAUGUCAGAAUGCCAACUAUCGAAAAGGAUAUUGACCGUGUUUUAUAUUGAUAUUGAAGGAAAUUAAUUUUCGAUAUAUAUCGUUAUCGUUUUAUUGCCCAGCCCUAGAGUAGAGUUUCUGAAGAUUGAACAAAUAUGCACUGGUUGGCAUGUGCACUGUGUGGCUGGUAUCAGUGAAUCCUUCAUUAAACAAUCUCAAUUUUUAUAAGAGGACAAGAGACUUGUUAAAGACUUAUAUAGUUGUUUUUUUGAUAACCUGCGAGUUUGUCUUUCUUUGGCGUUCCUCUUUGGUGAAAACAGGCAAGUGAACAUCAUGUAAUGCCACCUAAAAGACUUGAAUGCCAUGGAGUGCACUAUGGGUAAUGUAGUUUUGGUGCUUUAAUGAGUUGUCAAGAGAAACUGCAACAUGUAGGAGAUUUGAAAGGGUCGUGGUAGCUGACAGGAAGUCCCAGAUGUGGCAGUACUUCCAUAGCCGAGUAUGUGGGUGAGGUGACCUCGUCUGCAGAGUUGAUGAUAGCCCAGCUUAUGCAAUGGUUGCCUGGUUGGUUUCUGAACAAAUAGGCCGGACUAACUGUGACGCCCUGUUGGUAAUACAACCACAAUUGAUAAGCAUCUCAAACAACCCUUUUUGAAACGAUAAAUGAUCUUUUUUACAAGCAAUGUCUUAAUUGGACUGCUCUUCCUGCAAUAAAGGGUGAUUUGAAUCCCCUGUGGAGUCGAAUCCAAGCAAGAAAAAGUCAUUUUCAACGCCAGUUAGGGCAAAGUUGGCUCACUACUUGCCUCCUGUUAAGAAAAUUGACUUUUUGUAAAUGCGCAAUGCCUUUUUAGCGAAGCGAGAUUGGCUUAAAGCUUACCUCUGUUUCCAGUCGUCACGUUGGACAGCUGUGUCUCUGCGGUGCAUUCAGUCAGCUCUCAAACAGAAGGUUGAGGGUUCAGUCCCAGGUCCCAGGCGGCUUUGGACAAGACAGCAAUGUGUAAAUGUGAUUACUGAUGAGCACUUCACAAAGCAGCCUCUGCAUCAGUGUAUGAAUGUGGUGCGAAUGAGUGAACUAUGACAUGUAAUGCAAAAACCUGGACCGGUGCAUAAAGAUAUAAUCUGUUCACCAUUCACAUGACACUAGGUAGUUUAAAGCUAAACAAUUAUGAACAAAAACCUCUACUUGAAGAAAGAAAUCUGUUUCUUUGUGGAAAAAUUGAGGAGCUUAAUUGUCCCGGGAUUUCCUUUAAUCAUGUGCAGUCAUACUACACCCUUUCAUUUGUAUAAAACCAGCUGACAGAAACACCUGUUAAGACUAAACUUCCCUUUAUUUGGGGAAAUUCGGUCAAACAUUCGUGUAAUAGUUAAAUAAAAACAUCUUAUUACCGCUGUCCCCUCUAGUAGCUAACAGGGGUCAUUUGAAGUCGUAGCUCACUGACUAAACCCCCUUUAAUACUGGUGUUUACAUUACGCAGAACAAGAUGACCUAAUGUUUCAUUAACGGUUCAAAGUCACCGAGAAACUCUGAUCAUGUGGGAUAUAUUAGUGCGAGGCAAAAACACAAAUUUGCUUUCCCUUACAUAAAUAUUUGUAACCAUGCCUCUAAAAAAACAGCCUGCAGUCUGAAUUUGUCACAUCCGAUCUCAUGCGAGUUUGAAGUGCACUUUUAUGACAGCGUGGCCUGUGCUCAUAGCAUGCUGAUGAAAUAGUUCGUCACUUGUUUUUCUCCGCUGCCCGGUCCCUACAUACCUUUCACGGACAUUAACUGUGAUUGCCCUACAAGCAGAGCUCAUUUCGGUUCGGUUCAGAAAUAUUAUUUCUGGCCAGAGGUGCGUGCUCUUUUGCAACACCCAAGGGUGACACAGCUGGAUAAUAAGACCCGCUGCGAGUAUCAGAGGUAACUGUUUCAACAUUGUUUCUGGUGUGGAUUAACUGUAAGCCAGAGUCUUUUUAAAAUUAUUUCAACUCGCAGAGCUUUUCUUCUUUGUCCAGUGGGUAAGUGGAAUUAUGAAAGCCCCAAUUAUUAAAUGGAGAGUAGUUUAUCUCUACAUGAUGCUUAUAAACUCCAGACUCUUCUUGAGGUGAUUCUCACAAUACUUCAAUAAAAAACAAAUGUGCUGAAGAAAUGCAUAUGUGUACGCGGCUGUUUUGGUUUUGAUUUUAGUCGCAGGCGAACCGUUCAUCUUCUUUUGUUUAUGCUUUAUUGGAAAAGGUAUUUAAUUUAGGGAGCCCUGCAAUAUAAUAAAGACACAUUAAAGUUUAAUUGGAGCAUCAAAACGGGAUGUAUAACAGCAAAACAUCCCUCAAAACCAAGACAGCCUGUCUCAUAUUUUUGAACAUUAUCUGUAACAUAUUAACAUAAUUCAAACCCACAGAAACUCGUAUUUUCCCUUAAAGCUCUCGUGAGGAGUUUCAUGCUGGUUAUAAAACAGAUUGGAGUUAAUUGGGAGGCUUCUUUACGAGCAAAUCAGCCAUCAGCAGCAACACUGAGUGUUUUUGUGUGUAAUUUUAAAUGCAUUUUAAUAACAACCUUUUAUUACACUCUCGACAGCCAGGUUUCACAGUGAGAGAAGGAUGUUUGACGAUAGAGAUAUGUUGCAUGUUAGGAAAAACUUCCAAGUUGUGUUCAGGACAAGAUAAGCAAAGAAAUAGAAAAUAUACUGCUUUGUCCACAGGGGGCGCCAAAAUGGUAGAAACUGAAAGUUCAGCAGGGGGACUUAAAGUUUGUGUUUUAUGCAAGCAAAGUGUAAAGUACUGUGCCUUUUUUAAUGUAAUUACCUGGCUUUCUUACUUUUCACCUGUCUGUGUUCGAUACUUGGUUCUUAUUGGUCAAAGCUCCAUCAUAACAUCCAACAAUCAGGCCAAGCUGCAGUGAGUUGCCCCCUCCUCUUACAUUUACCUCUGCCUGUUGACACUGUGGUAAAAAUGUAAGUUUACAUUAGCAUUUUAAUGAAGAUUACUUUCUGACUGAAGCUGGUCACCAUUUGCUAGUCAUACAGAAGACCUCUUUGCUGUACAUCUCGGUCCCGCUCACCCUGUAGAGAUUCUAGUUUGCAUAACUUCCUGUUUGGUUUAGAUUCUCCCUUACUAAAUAGUCUGAGGUGGCUGCAACCCUAGCUGUCCUGAUCCAAAGAAACAUCAAAAUAUCAACAACUUUUGUUUGAUUUAAUAAGAGAGACCACUACGAGCAGAAAUUUACCAAAAUUAUGGGAAGGAAAACUUAACACUAUGUAAAAUAAAUUGCCUUGUUGUGUAAGUCUGACUAAAACUGAACUUUUAAAAUAUAUGCAGAAUCUUAGAUUGAUAUUUCUUAAGGUUGAACACCUGUAUGAUGUGGUUGGGGACUGAUUUUCUCUUUAAACAGCCCCAGACGAACCAAGGCGUUCGGUACAUGCAAGCAUGCAGGGCUUUAAAUUGGAAGGAAGUGGGAUAGUGAACAAAACUUGAACCUUGUACCUGAAAUAAAGCGCAGUGUACAUAAAAAAGCCACCUAGCUGAGAAGUUGUCCAUGUUUUCACUGUUAAGAAUACAAUAUGUUUACUUCUGGCCUUCUUGUUUGUCGAUUGUUUUGGUAUGUGAAGUGAGGGCAGACUUAACUUUGUGUCCUAAAGCUUGUGCACUGGUCCAAGGAUAGUCUUUUUACUGCCUUUUAAUAAAUGCCUUAUCGAGCUUUAACCGUUGCUUUACUCAGGUGAGCUUGUAAACAUCCUAACUAAACACUAUGCGACCAAAAAAGGAACAGCUAACAUGGUGAUAAUAAUAACCAGCCUUUUAUUAAACUUUAUAAUAACAGAAGAUCGAUUAGUAGAGCUUGAAGAAAAAGAUGCUUCCCUUCAGGCAAGGACACUGUGAAAACCUUUUAAUCCGGAUUUAUGAGGUCCUGAUGUGUUUUUGUUCUUCACAAAUCAACAUUUUGGAGACGAAGACACAUAUGAGUUUAUGAAGAACAACACAAUGAGGCUAAUUUCUUUAUUUCCCUUGAGGUCUUCAGUGGGAGGCUGGAGUUGCAGAAGCACAGGAGGAAAAGAAAGGAGAGUAUGACUGGAUCAGUAUGAUAGUAAUAAACAAUAUCACAGCGCACGUACUGAUGAAUAAACACAGAAAUAAAAAGAGACAGCCCUGAAAGAAUAGGACUAUUUUAAGCCCGUGUUGCACAGAGCAUUAUUCGGCGAAUCUGUGUUGCGCACUAAACCGAAUAUAGCAGAAGCUUUUCCAAUAAAGUUAAAAUAUUAUUACUGGGAGCCACUUUAAACUCACUCACAAGCAUAACAAAUAUAUCAGAGAAGUUAAAGAGAUCUGUCAAGAUUUAUGACGCCACAGCAGAGGUACACAUGACUUUGCUCCUUUCACGGGCUCCUGGAGAAAAAAACGCAUUUACUUUUCAAAGUUUGAGAACAAAAAAUAUACAAGAGCGGGCGUCCAGAGGGGGAGAGUGUUGUUUUGGCAGAGGACGCAUGUUGCAGAGUCACAAUUUUAACCUGGCGCACUUAAACCGAGCUAUUUUUGAGUAACUUGAUCACUUUUUUUACAGUACCCACCGGGCUUCAUUCCCGUCUUUAUAAUCCUAAAUAUAUAUUGGCAGUGAGACCCCCCAAAUCUGACAUGUCUUUUUAAGAGAGCUAUUUUUAUCUGCUGACAAUGGCUUGGCACAAAAGUGAAGGCCGUGCAUACGUGCAGACUUGAGCGAGGCCUUUUUCUCCUUAAAUAUAGCAAUCGUCUUGCCUGUACCAAGAUCAACAUGCAACAUCCUUUCGUUAUUGCUUCAUCGUUACUCGGUCAGAUUUCAAACUUGGAGGAAAAUUCGACGAAACGUGUAAAUCUAACAACGUCUUUGCCUCCCAAACUUGCUUGUAAAUGCACAAGGAAUUUUUACUAGAAUGAGGGUCAAUUAAUUCCACAUUCACCAACCCACAAACGUCCACUCUUUUGCAUUGUGGGCGCUCUACAAAGGGUACAUUUGUUGUCACUUUUUAUGGAAAUAUGAUCUAGGAUGUCUAAACGUGGGAUAUGCACACUACGUGUCUGUGCGCUCUGAGUCCAUGUUUUUCAGAUUUGUUUUUUUUGGAUAUGGAAACAGAUAGAAAAUGUCACAUACAAAAAAACCUGCCCGCUGAGUCUGAUGUGUUUAGUUUUCCAUUCAUUAGAAAAAUUAGCAGUAAAAAUCCGGAUUCAUGGAGGAGUGGAGGCAAUCUUGUAGUUCUUUUUUUCACUCAUUAAAAAGAGGAAAAGAAAACUCUGGGUCCAACUUCUCCUGAAAGAAAGACGUAAGCAAGGAGAGUUUCAUCCAGUCUUCAAUCAGUCGUCCCUUCUGGCCAAACUGGGAUUACAGACUUAAAAGGAAGGAGGACCACCAAUUAUCAACAAAGCAGCUGAUCCUGAACAGCAGAAAUAGAGACACAAACACAGACAAUGGAAGUGUGCAAAGACAAGAUCCUGGUUGUCCAUAUUUUCCCAUUAAGAUACCUUCAGAUUAGUGUGCCGGUCGAGGUUAAAUUCCAGUCUGAAUACUGCGAACCCAUUUUAAGACCAUGCAAUGAAAAAUAAACACAUUUGACUUCUGAUAAGACCCUGAAAUCUGUCCAUUAAACUCUCUCUGAUGAAGCUUAAUGAGACUGUGAGACGAUCACUGUGGCCCCGAUUAAUGACACCUCGCAGGAGCUUUACAACCUAACAGCUAACCUCAUGUUUGUGCAAACUGCCGUAGAGGACGGCUUGAAAUGUUUAGUUUUUUUACGAGUUUACCUUGCCUGACAUCCUCAUAGAUAUGAGCAGAUGGUAAUAAUAGACCUGCAGCUGCUGCACUCGCUGUGGUUAUCUCUUAAACUGAGGGCAGAUCUGCUUUAUUGAUAAGGAAGUGAAUUAUAACAGCUGGAUUCAAUACGUGCCAGGUCCCCUGUUGAUUGGCCGCAGAGUAGGUCAUAAAGCCCGCCUCCUCCAUGUUGACAGAUGGGAUAUGAGCCAAACUGCAAAUUACAAUACCGAUCCAAUGUUUUUUUCUCAAAUAUGGUUUCUGUCAUAUUUAUUAGUUCUUGAUCAGAUGAUAAUUUUUUAGGAGAAUUUUGCACGAGAAGCUUUGACAUCAUUUACGAACAUUAAGAGGAAGCAGCGAUGUGUCGUCCAUCUUUAUGUUCAGUUAAAGCUGUUAGUAAACUACCUCACAUACUUGUUUUAAGCUGCUCUGAACAGUUUGUUUACAUCUCUUUGUUUGCUGUCUCAGAUGUAACACUAGUGCAGACACAUUUUGGCUUUAAUUAAACAGUAGGCGUCCUGAAUACAGUAGCUGCAGAGUUUGCAGAGGUGCGAGGAAGAAGCCCUAGUGGGGAGUCUCAGGUUAGGCGUCACCUUUUUCUUCACUCAGACUCACUCAGAUCACACCAUCCUUUUCCAGAUUCAUCCAUAAAAGGCAAGCAACCAUUCGCUGUGGUUAAAAUUCAAACUUUCGGUGAUCUGAUUUAGGGCUGGGAGAUAUGACCUCAAAUCAAUAUCACAAUAUAUUGAGCAGUUCACCUCAAUAACAAUAAACGGACGAUAACUACUCCACAAGCUGCUCAUCCCCUCCCACAUUAACUUCGUCUACUUCAGCCGCUACAACUUUUGAACCGUCCUCCAUCUCCUCACCUGUCUUUCCCUCUUUGUUACGGACUGGAUGGGGUGGAGUCAUGACUUCGAUGUAGGACAGUGACUUAAAGGGACAUGAGACCAAAACCUACCUACACACAUCCAAAACCAACUUUUACUUAUUUUUUUGACACUGAAUAUAUCGACACGAGCAAAAUGACGUUGGUUACUGUUGUAAAUUUCGGUAUCGGUAAAUUUUCAGUUUAUCGCCCAGCCCUAAUCUGAUUCAAACUUUAGACCCAAGAUGCAACAUAUCAAGCUCAAAACAACACAGAGUUUGCCGUGUAGAACGUAUAAAAAUCUCAGAACCAUAAAUAAAUAAAACCUAUAACUCAGUUUUUUAUAGCUGAAGGUGCGUGAUGCUCCUUAUUAGCCCUCAUUAAUACCGUCCUGACUGAGAGCUGUUUGAAGAGUCACUCCCUGUGAGAUCAUAUGGAGUGCUGCACGAAAGGCUGGAAAAUGUAGCUUGAUGUUGCCCAAUCUUGGUCCACCAGCAGGAGAAAUACAGAUGUCUCAAUGAACAUUAGGCUGAGGAGGAUGUAAAAACAUAGAUGUAAAACAUAGUAUGUUUAAACAAGGAUUCACAGUCCAGAUACCACCCAAACUCUGUUUGCAAAGACAUUUCGGAGUCAGUCAGUACCCACCACACCAGACUCCGUCCAUCGCCGAAGAGUUUUAACAGACGUCUUGAGAAGCCGCUCCUAUUUCAAGAGGCUGGCAGGCUCUGUGUUGGGUCAGUAUAGGCGCUGCUGCUGCUGCUGCGAACCCGUCUGUAUCUGCUUCACGGGCUCUGCUCACACUGUCUUGUGGUUUGGGUCGAGUCACUGUCAUUUCACUGGAAUUUCCUGCCAUCUGCGCUCAGUCAAAGUUUCUCACAGAUCCACACCUGCUUGUAAAUGUUUAGGUCUGCCGGGAUAGAGGGAUAGGUAGGUGAGCGAAGACGGAGAGAGAAGGAGGGACUCAAACCCGCGGUUUUCUACAAAUUUAGAAAUAGUACCACAAAAACCUACCUGUAAUAAAGACCGAGACUGGACAAUGAGGUGGUUUAUAUUUCUGGUAACAGUAUCUUUAAGUCUGCGUACCACCAGUAUUUAGUUAAACUGAAAAUUCCUCACAGGAGCUUUAAUUUUUCUACAUGUCUAAGCAGUGUUGCAUUACGUUAGCUUUGUAUAAACAUUAAAAGUGAAUAUUCGACUCCAAAUGCUUUCCUCGAGGGUAAGAGAGGCAAGACAAUAAGAGGAUGUUUAAAAGAGCUGGAGAAAUCGUUUAGAGAGUGAUAAAAAUUGUGUUUAGCAUCGUAGAAAUGCAAAUUUAGAGGUGCGAGGAGGCCUGUUUCAUUACAGAUUGAUUGUCAGAGCAGCCAUUUCUCUAAUUUUGGUCUCCAUUCAAAGGUUAGCUACAUGUACCUGGCUGCAGCAUUUCACAUUUUUACCCCCAAGAUUAUUUUUCUGGAUAAGAGAGAGAGACGGAGCUUCUUUUAUUCCUAUGUGAAAUGCAAAACUGGCAACCCCAAACUCCAAACACACAUAAGCUGUGGUUAAAGCCAUGAGAUUAAGAGCUUUGGUUAUUGCUUUUGUGCUGAUUGUGGGUCUGGAUAUGACCUGUGAUUUGACCAGGAUGAUGACGGCAGUGACAGAUGAGUUAAUAAGUGGUGUAACAUUAACCAAAGCAAAGAGCUCAGUAAAUCAAGUCAGGUAGACUUUAAACAGGAAUGUAUUUACAUCUUUUUUAUGUGAGGAUAUUAUAAUAAAAGGUGAGAUGAGACAUAAUUAAAUGUCAAUGAAAUUCUUGAAUGUGUAAUAAACGAUUUCCCUGUUAUAGGAUCUUUUCCAAAGGGAAGUUUUCAAAGGGCUUUACAGAGGCCGCAAAAUAAUACGAACAAGUCAUAAAUCAUCUAGUUUAAAAAGAAACAGAUACAAACACAGAGUUGGGCAAGAAAAGAACAGAAGAAGAAAAACAUUUUCAGAGGAAAUAAAAGACAGUUCAAAGAAAAUUAAAGCUCAAGUCGAAUCAGGGACUCGAAGAUCUCUGACUCAGCAGGCCUGAUUUCCUGGGGCAGAUCAUCGUGAGGCCUGACAGCAAACACUCUGUCCCCUCUGGGUUUCAGCCCAGCGUGUCGUCAAACAGGCAGAGAGCUACAACUACUACGUGCGCGCAAGUGUGUGCACGCUGCAAACACUCAAGAGGAAGAGAAGCCAUGUAGAGCUUUAAAAGUAAUCAGCGCAAUCAUAAAAUCGACUCUUAAACAAUCCAGUUCGGUGACGCCAAAAAUGAGCAGUGAGCUCAGGUUUCUGGGGACUCGAUCUGAUCCGAGCUCUGUGAAUUCAAAUCCUUUUGGCGCAGCGUUGCACUCCAGGCUGAUUUUAAUAGCAGCAGUAAACAGUAGUCACAAUGCAUUUACUGUAGCCGUAUACAUAGCACCAUAGAUUUCACCACAGUGACCACAUGAAGGGCCACAGUUCAACCACCACGGGCAGGCGGGGCGGCAGCUGCGCUCUCAGGACGCAUGCUUUUAGCCUUAGGAGGAGGAGGAAGAACUAAUGCACGUAGAUGUCAGCGCUCACUGUAGUUCUGCGUGAUAUUAAACGAAAGUGGCAAUGCAUUAUGGGGAAAUAAGGAGGAAACUUUAAACAGCAGGUCUUCUCGAGCUCAAAAGUACAUUUAUGUUAAGAGUUCAUUUGAAAAUUACACAGGAAAAUGGUUUAAUGGACAUGAUUAUGGGCAGUAUAUAUGAUCAGAUUAGAGCUAAAUCAGCAUUAUGUGGCUGAUUGUUGGCGAACUCUGAGCAUUAUAGGCGGUUUAAGGACAAUGAAUGGAGUUACUGUCAGUGAAAAGACAUGAAUGAGGAGUUACUGGCACGACUCUUAUUCCGAGUAAACAUUCGUGAACUCUCUGAAAGCAGCUCUGACUGAGAUUGUCCGGGCAGGUAUCAUGAAGCAACCCACUAAUUAACAAAAUCUGCUUUGGUCCUACUGGUUUGUCCAGUCUGAGCUACUGUAGAAUAAAAAUGUUAGCCACCAGAGUGAGGACUCACUGCCUCUAUAAUAUUAGAAACUUUUUCUAAAGCAUCAGACAUUAAACGGUUAUGAUAUCCCAUUCAAUAUAAACUAAUUUAGACAUCAGGGGUGUCCCAAUACAACUUUUUUACUUCCGAUACGUUACCGAUAUUGUAGCCUUCAGUAUUGGCCGAUACCAAUAUUGAUCCGAUAUUGGCACACAAUUGUGUAUGACAAGUUUUUCACUCAGCUGCAACGUCUUUUUCAGGCUUAAACAAAAAAAAAAAAACUGCUACAAGGCCGACAUCACUCCUACUCCUUGGUACUUUGUUAGUACCUUAGUCCACACUAGGCCUGAUCUACUAAGAUCCAAAAUAGCGAGCGAUAAAUUGUGUGUGCUGUUACUGGGUGUGUUGUGGGUGAUCUACUUUCAUUGCGUGCAAAAUUGAUAGCGGGAGCAAAAUUGGUGCGGACCGCCCCUUUAAACAGGGAUUUUACAUGCGCUAUCGGCCGUCACCAUGGAGAGUUUGUGAGAGCAGAGUGUUUGAAGCCAUGGAGUUGCACAUAUCGUUUUGGCGAACUGCAUAAAAGGCAAGGGAAGUUUAUUUGAACAGCACCAUUCAUACACAAGAGUGGUUAGUAGAUCAGGUUUGCUUGCUAUCAAGUUUGUACGUGUUUUUGCACAUGCAAACCUUUCGUAGAUCAGGCCCACUGUUGAGACGGUUACAUGGGCUCUGUAUGCUGGAUCAGGGCGCCGCUAGAUAGAGGUGCUGAAGCGGAGUCUGGAAUAGACUGCUCGUAUCGGAGUGCUGAUAUCGGAGAUUUUAGAUGCAGGCCGAUAUAAUCUGAUAUUCUUUUUUUUCCUGAUAUCGGACUGAUAUUCAAUAUCAAUAUUGGGACAUCUGUAGUAGGAAGCAUGGCCGUGCAAAAAUGAUAGCCGUCAGAGCGAGGACUUAGUGCUUCUAUAAUAUUAAAAACUUUUUCUAAGCCAUCAGACAUGAAACGAUCAUGAUAUCCCAUUCAAUAUAAAUUGAUAUAAACAUCUGAUUUCUUUGGAAAAAUGCACCAAAUUCUUAAUAAUACAAGUUUAAAUAAAUGGAGUGAAGUAAAGAAAGCAACUCUUCCAUCUAAAAUGUACCGAAGUAGAAGAACAAAGUUUGAAAAAUUCAAUUAAAGCGUCCAAAACUGUCCGCUCCGUAAAAAUAAUCAGCGAGGGAGAAACCUCUCCUGUCAGCUCAGAUGUUAAGUCAAUUACAGAUCUGUAUCAGCUCGAUUUGGAGUAUAAUUUAUCCCACCAGAGAAAAGAAGAGCCCUCGGAGAGUCAGCGUGUGGAAGAUUAACCAUAACUUUAGCCUCUUUCUAUAAGAUGACGAUUCUCCUCCAAUAACACGUCCUUAUUUUGUGCAACAUGAGACGGUGUUAUUCACCUGCUCCCACUGAGUUUACUCUGACCCAAAAUGACUCUCAAAAUCCAAACGGUGCCAAAGACAUUUUCUGGCUUCGAUCGAACAACAAAGUAGCCUGAGGUAUAAUGUGGAAGAGGGAGAGUAAGACACGAGGGAUACGAAUGUUCAUAUCCAUCAGAAUAACCGGAGGAUAAUAUAUCAGAGCUGACAUCUUGAGAGAGACAUUAACGGUCAAAACGGUUUUAAAAUUAGAUCUGUUAAAGGAUUAAUUUGACAGUUCCUGGAGUCUGGACUUGAACAUGGUUGUACAAACUGUAGUCACAUUUUUUAACCAUAAUUAGUGAAUGCAUAGGUUUAAUUUUACGUUAAGUAUUGAGUGAUUAGUGUAAAGUGUCAAUGAGAGAAAGAAGGUGUUGUUCCCUCCACCGACAGUCUGCAUCGUGUGCAGCUUUCAGCGUCACAUCAGCAGUGUCAGGUCUGGCCUCUUCUUUCAGUAUAAAUAAAUGUUUGAGAGAGCUCCACCACACGAUCUUCUUGUUUGAGUUUCUCAGCUGAAGAUGUUUGACAGCUCGCAUUGACGUUUUUACGGUGGUCAAAAGACGGAACAUAAACAGGUUUAGCUCAGAUUUCGUGCUUGUCUGUCAUUAUUACAGAGCAGAUCAUGUUAUAAACUCUUCGGCGUGUCCUCAAAGAGUCAGACCUGGAUCGAACUCUGAUAAAAAAAAUAAAAAAAAACAGCUGUGAUUCCCAAAGCAGGAAUAUAAGGUGCUCAUAACUCAGCAGAGAUGCUCAUUUUUACUCAACUGUUUUGUUUAAGUUUUAUGGCGACUGCUGCGGUGUUCGUCAUCUUUACUUCAUCAUAUUACAGGAAAAAGAAAACUGUUCACAUUCAGAGAAAAUCCCUCUGAGGUGUAGAUUUAUUCUAGCGAGCAAAAUCAGCAGAUAAAACCCUGAAUAAAUCUGGAGUCCCUUGUGGAGGAGACUGACAGCUUAUUGACAUCAACAGUGAUGGUGUAAAUCCACCCUCUGAAAGCUUCAAUUAUGUCCAGGAGGAUGGUGGUCUUUAUUUUGCAGACUCUAGUCUUAUCUGUAUCUUAUCAAAACUCUCACACCCUUCAAUCUCAGCAUCUUCUCUCGAGUCUUUUAUCAGUCAAACCUGAGAACACAGAGGACCUCUCAUGCAUCCUUAUUUCCUGAUAGAGAAGGUCAGGCUGAUGGGCGGUGUGUAGAUGCUUCUGUUUGUCCUCAGGUGCUGAGUUAAAGUUCACGUAAUGAUCCAAAUUACUUAUUUAAGUAAGAGCGGCUUACUCUUCUGUGAAAAGAAGAGUUUAUUUAUUUAUCUUUAUAUAAACAAUAUUAUUUGACAUAUGGAUUGAUCAACCCCUACAACUAUGGCUCAUGUUAUAAAGCUAUGUUUCUUUUAUUCCAAAGAAGUGAAAACUUUUAUCUUAGUUUUUGUGAAUCAUGACUUUUUUACCAUUUAUUUAUGACUUUAUUCUCAUAACUUAACUUUUCAUAACUUUGUGGCUGUAAUCUUUUUGAUUUCUGACUGUUUUCUUUCUCUAACUUCAAAAUUCUUGUGAAUAUACAACUUUAGUUCCAUAAAUACAGGACUUUUUACUUAUUUAUGACUCAAGUAGUCAUGUCUCUUUACUUAUUUUUGUUCUGGUACAUUUACAUCUUGAUUCUCAUGCAUUUAAGGCUUUUUGUCUUAUAAAUUUAUGACUUUUUUCUUAUUUAGCUACAACUUUUUUUAUUUGUAAAUUUACCCCUUUUUUCUCAUAUAUGUGCACAAUUUCUCAUAUAGUCAAAUUUACCUCAUAGUUAUUUCAUAUUCAAAGUGAAUUGACUACAUUAUGCUUCAUGCCUGAUUAUCAGGAUAUUGAGAGUACGAAGGCAGCAGAUACUCAAAGCUCUGAGAAAGCAUCGUUAUAUUUUCAAGCGUCUUUCCUGGAUCGAUGGUGAAACUGUCAGGCAGUAUAAAUCUGCUCAUAACACUUUCCUGUCUCUUAAAAUCCUCUAUUUUAAUUUCCACCUGAAAGAGCUCCAGUAAACUGCUCUUUCUGGCGGUUUCCAGAGGUGUGUCUGUCAGAGUGGCUAGCAGGCGGCGGAGAAGAAAAGUAAGUGUUGCUAAUUCAAUUUCCUGUGGAUGAAUAAAGGUUAAUGACCACAGAGGAGAGCAAACGAUGAUUUUUGGGCCCAGUCUCAACCUUUAAAAUUGGUUUCACAGGAUUAACCUAUUUUUCGAUGGUGGAGGUCCUGAGACACAAAUUAUUAAGUAAAGUGUGAAGUUUCACCCUGCAGCCAACUCUCUCUGUUACCGGGAUACGAGUCUCUAAUGUCAUUUAUGAAAACAAAAGCGACACUUGUGAAACUAGUGACGUAAUUCACAUGUUUUCUCUAAUAGACUGCCAGGCACACAUUUAAGAGAUUUUGUUCUCUUACAGACAUAUUGUACUAACUGGAAAUAUACAGCACUUGAGGGUAUUUAUACCUCCCAAACAUGUGUCUGUGUAUUUUAAAGUAUAGAAACUCAGAUUUACAGCGCUUGUUAUUCUUCCAAACUCGUAAAAGUUGAUGUGAUUUAUAUAAAAAUGCAAUAAAAAGCAAUGUCAGGAUUGCUAAAUCAGUUUUUACAUGUACCUGGAGACGCUUGAUAAUAUUUCCAUAUGUCUCUGUAACCCUAAUACAGGAAGUGAUGUGAUAGCGAUUCCCCGCUCUGGACCAGAUCACUAGACAGACUGUACAUGCAAUUAUACACGUGUACCUUAGACUGUAUAAACAUGGACGGCACGACAGCUCCUGUAAUGUGAAGACAAAACAGGUAGAGCUCCCCCUGGUGGAGCAUGAGUCAAACUAGAAAUGCAUAAAAACUAACUGUUUAGAUAGGGUGACUAAACUUCCUCUCUUACCCGGACAUGUCCUGUUUUUGCGGGGCUGUCCGACCUGUCUGGGGGAGUUUAUAAAAUCCUUCAAAUGUCCAAAGUUUUAUAUGGAAGUUUUGAGUUUGUGUAAGUGGACUGACUUGAAGUUAGAAGCUCGUAAAAAACGGUCAACCCCACCCGAAAAACCCUCGAAAUUUUGUGCGUGACUCCACCCUGUGUCGUAGUAUCCUCCUUUUAGGGAUUCAGAAUAUGGUCACCCUAGUUUAGAUAUUAGCAGCCUUUGUCGUAUAGAACCAUUGUUAUUAAUCUAAGUCUGCUUCUUUACCAGUAAAAGUUCCUCAUAAGAGCUUUACCUGAGACUAGAAAUGAGUAGAAGAAGACAUCCAGCGAAAAGGUUGUGGCUGGUAAUUCAUCUAGCGACUGCUGCAAGAGGAACUAUCGCCUCUUUAAAAAUUUUGCCGCUAAUAUGUAAAACAACACGCUGGACUGUGUUUAUAUAGAGCUCUCUGAUGGUAGAGGCUGCUAUGUAAAGUAUCCAUGGGCACAGCCACCGGGGACAGGUUGGUCUUAGUGCGUUGCCCAAGGAAGGAUACUACGGUAUAGGGCUGGGCGAUAAACCGAAAAUUUACAGUUACAGAAAUUUAUGACAAUAACUGACGUCAUUUUGCCCAUAUUGGCAUAUUUGGUGUCAAAUAAAUAAAUAAAAGUUGGUUUUGGAUGUGUGUAGGUAAGCUAUGGUCUCAUGUCCCUUUAAGAAGCUGUCCUAUGCCAGAGAUGUCCGUAACAAAGAGGGAAAGACAGGUGAGGAGAUGGAGGACGGUUCAGAAGAUGUAGCGGCUGGAGAGGCGGCUAAAGUAGACGAAGUUAAUGUGGGAGGGGGUGAGCAGCUUGUGGAGUAGUUAUUGUCCAUUUAUUGUUAUCGAAGCGAACUGCUCAAUAUAUCGUGAUAUUAAUUUGAGGCCAUAUCGCCCAGCCCUACGACAGUAUAUGGGCAGCAGGACCUGAGAAUGAGCCCAAGACCUAACCCUGACUCUACUCAGCCCUAGCUGCCCUGUCUGAUGGUCUCAGUGCAAACUCAUGAGCUGAAGUUGAACCCAAGAAAGAUGGGUUCAACUGUGGGUUCUGACCCGUGUGUCACUCCCGGCUUUCACCUCCAUUUCCUGCAGAAAAACAGCCCAUUUCUCAGCAUUUUUACCUGGUGGAUAUUCUAUACGUGCAUAUUAACGUGAACAGUCCUGAACGUUUUGCUGUACUCUUGUUUUUAGAUACGAUAAACAACCUUUAUAUAUCGUCUUAUAUCUUAUAUUUAUAUCUUUAAGCUUUAUUCUACUUUUUUUUGCUUAUAUUUUGUGUCAGAGCGAUUGAAAUGCCCUCAUAUAGUAUUUCUGAUGCUAAAACCUGGGGCGCCUGCUUCAAGGACUUGAGUCUGAGCCUGAUUUAACCACUGACGCCCCUGAACUCAGGUUUUAAAAUAGUAGGAUUCAAAGUUUAAAGCUUUAUUGUUGUUUCUGUGGUGGUUUUUUUUUUGGCUUAAUUGCUGCAGAAGAAGCUGCCCACACUUUAACAUGAUCCUGCAUGUAUAUGUCACUUGGCUGUGAUGAAGUUCAGCUCCAGGAUUCAGUCUGAGUCUGUGUGUAACUGCUGAUCCUCCCUGACGCCUCUAUAACACCAUCCAGGAUUAUCCAGGAAAGAUGGAUUAAAAACAAAAAAAAAAACACUGAAGGUCGCCUGUGCGUUCACAUCACUCAGCGCAGCGAGGAUCCCUUUUUUCUCAUGUUUCAGCCGAACCAAAAGGCACAAAAAAAGAGUUUGUAAUUCAAGAACCGGAGCGCUUAUUGUUGAGACAAGUACACAUUAGCUUGUCCUGAAAUGCCACAGCUGUGUUUAGCUAAGCCCAGCGAGCGAGUCUUUAGAAGACACCACAUGGGAUGCGCCUCUGCUAUUUUAUACAGUGUGCAUGCUCGGUUGAGGCUUUGUGGGACACUUUUCUUAGUAUUACUGUCUGACUCUUCUUUCUGGAAGAGGACCAGGGUGGUUUGUGAGAAGACAGUGCUGGAAAACAUCCUCUUCUCUGCUGGAUGUUUGCAAAUGCUAAAAAUAACCAAAGAAGAAGAAGACGGAUUAUUUAACAACUAGAAUCUCUAGCAUCUGAUGUUGCCUCUGAACUGGAAGUCACGCAUUGAACCCUCAAAUCUCUAAUAUUAGUCGUCCUGAUCUCAAAGAAACCAGCGACUUGUUUGUAAUUAUCAUAUCUGGAACGUAGAAGUGUUAUUAUUCCUGUUCAACUUGUCGACACACAGACACGUUGCAACCUCUCUAAUUAGGAUUCAACCACAGUUCCCAUGACUGCUCGGCUACAUGACUUUGGUGGGGGGAACUCCAGCGAUUUACGGGAAGGAUCAUAAAACUGUAACCCAGACUAUACCAGGAAACUUGGGGCAUGAACCUACACUUAGUGACUCCUUCGUCAGCUAAUAUAAGCGCAGAAGUCAACUUACUCAUCAUCUGAGCUGUGUCUCAUAAAAUAACCAUCCACCUCUGAAUCCAUCCGCUGACUAAUUAUACGUGGCGAGGAUCCUGUUGUGUGUUAGGUCAUCGAUAUGUGGCAGAUGGUAGAGAGUCGAGGAAAUCAGGUCUGCUCUUAUUAAAGCUGAAGGGCUCUUAACAGUAGAGCUACUGUGUGUGUGAGACAGGCGUAGGGGGGAGGCUUGUAUUUGACCCGCCGUUUUCCAGCCUUCCUGUGCUGCAUCACCAGCCUGUCGGAGAGAUGUGCUUCAUUACUCCUCCUCUGUGAACGGGCAUCUGGACCAGGUUCCAGGUGAUCUGCUGCCACACAACGCCGGGCUGUUUGCUGCCGGGGUGGCCUUAAUGCCUGCAGUAAUGUUGCAGCAGCUCAAAGGAAACCAAAUAUACACUCGCCGCAGCGUCGCACUAAAAGCUCUGUGAUUGAAGCCCGCUGACAACAAGGUCGGACACGCUGUUUGUUUUGGUUUUACUUCAUCUGCGACUUUCUCCGCUGGUCACUUUGCUCCAUUUGUUGUCGGUGAUUGAGAGUUGCCCAAGCAAAGAGCUGAGGGGAAAACAUUGAAGGUUUUAUGCUUCAGCUCUUUGAAUGGCAUGGCAAGUUGUCACAGCAGCUGAGUCAUACGAGAGCUUCGCAAAAAAUAACUCCAGAGAGAGAGCGCUCCGAUUAAAUUAAUUCACAACAGUGGUGGAAGGAAUCAGAGUAGUACAGCUAUUCUGGUGCAGCACUUUGAGGGGAACUCCAGCGAUUUUACACAUUAAAAGCCCAGUUCUCCAAAAAUAUGUGCAACUUUUUCAACCCAUGCUGUGGAGACAAAAAGACAAUCUGGCUUGGAUAUUAUUACCAAGAGUGGUAUCACGUUAAUCAAUACUGAAAUGAUACUUAAAACUCAAUCAAUAUGGUCCUGAACUGUUUAAAGUCCCACUCUGAUCAAUUUUUUACUACUUAAAGUGUUCUCAGUGGUCUUUAAAUUGUGAUUAUGAAGUUUUUAGCCAAAAUCACGUUACCUGUGUCAUUUUUAAGAGUUCCAGUAGCUCAUCAGCAAUUUGCCUCUGAGUCGUCAGCGGAGACAGGGCUACUCUGCACACUCCUCUUCACGUAAGCUUGUAGCCUAACAUUGCCGGUGUAGUAGAAGUGGCAGGUAACAGAGGAGCUAUUCAGCUCUCAGCAAUAAUGUCUCUAGGGACAUGAUGAACGUUAAUAUCAUAAUUAGCUUUCUUAUGAGCAUUGCCAUCCGCUAAUGCACACGCUUGUUCCACGAUCGUCCUCUCUACUUCUCCGAUUCUGGCCUGCAAGGGGCGGAUUUGCUAAGGAGGAAAUCUCACUGUAUCUGAACCUGGUGUUUGGAUGCAGAAAUACUCAGAAAUGCCAUUUUCGCCUUUAGUUUUCUCAUGAUACGUCCUGUAGCAUCAGAAAAAUGAUAUAUGAACAUGUAGACAACAAGAAAAACAUAGUUUGGAUCUUUUAAUUCAUCAAAACAACAACUAAAAUUCCUGGGAGAUCUGGUGUCUUGGCGAGGUUAGAUGUGUCUCCUUGUGUAGCAUCUUUUGCACACAGGUUCUCAUAAGUAAGUAGAUCCACUAUCAGCUCUGGCAGCUGGUUCCUUUCGCUAGCCCGAGGUGUUGAGGGAUUCUUAUGAAAGAUGACUCAUUAUUGUUCUUGGUAGUGGACAUGUUGGGGCAGAGGCAUUGCUUUUCUCUCUCUCAAUAGAGCGACAGGUUCAUACUGAUGUGUAAUUCUUGAUCCUAUGAGUAUCGACGAUCAGUUCAAAGAGGUAGUUUUUAGUUUCUUAUGACAAUAACCGAUCUUCGUGUAAAAUGCUUGAUCACUGAGGUGCUUCAGAUGGACAUUUCAGCCUCUUUUUCCUGUCCUACUCUGGUACCUUUAAUAAUUUCACAUCAUUUUUAUUUGACAGACCAAACCUUUGUUGAAGGUUCGACCAAUGAUCCCCAAGCCUGAUUGUUUUACUAAUGACAGAAAACAAAGUUUAUCAAAUUUUUAACUAAGAGGAUAGAGAAAAGUUUAGAAAAGAAGUGGAAUUGUAUUUCUCCCUUUUUCUGAGCCUCCAGAGCCCACAGAUCUAAAACUGUGACUCUCAGCUGAUGGUCCAAACCCACUGGGACCCACUGGAGUAAACGUGCUAACUGUAUAAAAAGUAGUUCAAACCAUCUCCACCUUUAAUAACUUCUUUAUUGGUACAUUUUGCGCAACUUCUGGAUCUUCCUCCUCCGUUGGUCGUAAAAGCUGUUGUGUGAUAUGUUGCAGAAAGUGUUUUGUAUUAUAAUUUUUUUGUUUUCUGAGAUGACUCAUUUGGGUUUGGUUUCUGUCUCCCACAGCGCAGGAGUGAUGACUGACUGAGCUUGGAACAAAUGACAACAGAUUACAAAUCCUGAGGAUGAAAAGAGACGAUGCCAGCUGCUGAGAAUCAACCUCGUUUGUUACACUGAGAAACAAAAGAUGCUGUUGACGGUUUUAUCUUCUAUGGAGUCCUAAAACUGCACCAAAAUAGUCCUCGAAUCAAGAGUUCUGUUAAAGGGAUCUCUUGGUGGUCAGCGAGCGGGGGCCAGGAUGUGGCCCCCUGACCUCGGGCCCCCAGACGUCCAGCUGACUCUUCCUGGUUUUGGGAGUGUGUUUGAGGAUGCUGAGGACUCUCAGGCGCCGCUGGCUUCAGGUGGCUUCUGUCAGUCCUCGAUACACUCAGGCGGUGUUGGGGUUUGCUGUCUCCAGAGGACUUCUCUGUCCCUGUCCUCUCUGGGCCGGGACCUCAGCUCUCUGCUCAGCUGUAAGACAGCCGGACCCCACAUAGAAAAGACCAUGGAGGACUUUGCCACCACCGUGUACAAAGACUCAAAACACAACAGCCAGAGACACGGCUGUUACCCUCCGCCGUCGCUCCCUUUGCCCUACAUGCUCACUAACUGUGCUACAUCUCCACCCUUUGGCUCUCCACCUUCAUCUCUAUCCUCUUCCUCGUCUUCCCCUUCCUUAUUCUACUCCUCUUCCUUACCUCUCUCUGAUGCGAAUAAAACUCCUCACCAACAACACAAGAUCCAGGAAGAGUAUCAUCCCAUCAAACAAGAGCCUGCAGAUGACUUCUCACCAUGUAAACGGGAACCGUUUCAAAUCGGCAACCAGCAGGGGGAGCUGUUUCAUGUGGGCCAGCCUCCUCAAAGCCACGACAACCAGGACGGCUCCCCGCUUCAUUUCCCCAGGCUUAACGGACCUGUAAGACAGGAACCCACGGUGGACCCACAGGAGCAGCCGUGUCACUGGAUCGACUGCAGUGCCUCUUACAGCAGCCAGGAGGAGCUGGUGAGGCACAUCGAGAAGGUCCACAUCGACCAGCGUAAAGGAGAAGAGUUCUCGUGUUUCUGGGCGGGCUGCGUGCGGCGCCACAAACCCUUCAACGCUCGCUAUAAGCUGCUCAUCCACAUGAGGGUCCAUUCUGGAGAAAAACCCAACAAAUGCAUGGUAGGUUUUUCAUCUCUCUUAAAUCUUUGUUUUAUUCUGUUAGCUUUCUGUGUCAUCGAUUGGCCAUUAAAGUCGUCAAAUCUUAAAGCUGAUAAAUGGCACCAAUGUGGAGCUGCAGUUCCUCCAUUUUCCACUAGAGGCUGGUUCCCAAAUCCCAUUAGGGUCCAUGUUUUUAGCAGAAAAACAUGUCCUGACACACACGAUUAAACACGUCAUUCAAGAUAAGAUAAAGGCUCACAUACCACAUCUCUUCAUAUCUGUAUUGCCCUCAAAUGUGCCUCUACGAGCUCUAACUGGGUCUGUGAAGCAUGAACCUGUUUGCAGUUUGUCCCAGACUGAGCAGACGAUCAUGAGGAGCCUGUGAGACAGGGAGAUGAUCAAACGGUUUCCUUUCGUCCUGACAGGUUUCCCUUACUCAAGCAUACCAGAGGGAGAAAUGAAUGGUUGUGUUGAAUGAAUGGAGGAUGUGUCUGUAGCACUGAGCAUUAAAAAAAAACCUGCUGCUGAUCGUCCUGUGCUCAUUCUGACAAAAGUUUGGUAGCGCAUGAAAUGUCUUUAACUUUCGCCAACCAUGCAGAUGUGAAACAAUUUAAGGUUUCUUUUUUUUAGUAAGUGAAGACUGUCUUUAGAAGUUCAAGCUGUCUGUGAAGUCGCAGCCUCUGUGUCGUGAGUGGUAUGGACACAGCUGUGUUUGUUGCAUUAAGUGCAAGAGCUGUAAGCUAGCUACACAUUUAUUGCAGACUCAAUUUAAUUUAACUUUGGACUAAUCUAAAAACAGAAAGAAAGAGGUGGAGGUUGGGAAGCAAGUGCUCAACUCUCAGCCAUAUCAGUCGCUUCCCUCAUCAUGCAAAACUCUUGGCCUCAAUACCCAAACAAAGUUAAAGUUAUCGUAUAUUGAUAAAUCCACUUACAUACCCCAUUUAUUUAUGUUAAUAAUCUCUCGGUUGCCUCAUGUGGUGAUGCCCCUAGACAGCAUUCAAGCAAAUUAUUAAUAAAAAGCCUUAAAAAUCAGUGGGCCCAGAGGUGAGCCUUGGGGAAUACCCAUGUUAUGUUGAGGUUAAGAGGUAAAUCAAGGUAAAUUAAACUAUGACUGUUGUUUGUACUAAUGUAUAAUAAUGCUUCAAAAGUGAGCAUUUUCUAGGGGUGGGAGAAAAAUUCACUACAGCAAAGUUACGCGAUAUUUUGUCUGGUGAUAAAUCGUAUCGUCUCACUUACCAGGUAUCAAUUUUUCAAAUCAAUUGCUAAUAUGAAGUCAGAUUUAUGACAAUGGAAAAUUGAAAUCAACUGUUUGUCUAAUGAGGUUAGCAGAGGGGACAUCAUAGAGUAGGAGAAAGUUAGUGCAGCAAAUAUAUACAUAUAAGGUUUGCAAGAUAUGCUACAUGAAAAUAAGAUACUAAAUAAGACAAACACAAAGGAAAGCUAAAUGCUAAAUUAGCUAAACAGCUGAAAAAAUGGUAUAAAUCGCAAAAUCUUAAAAAUUGCAAUAAUAUCGUAUCGUGGCCCAAGUAUCGUGGUGUUCCCCCCACCCCCAGCAUUUUCACAUGGAGUAUAGUGAAGGUCUUUCCCAAGUGGCCACUUGAGGAACUGCAGUCGUCUGCACUUUUGCAUUCAGUUUCACAGUUUACUGACUGGUUCCCACCAUAAAAACUCUCCUCCCUUUUCAUUCUUUGAAACCUGGAGGUUAAACACCAAAAUAGACUGAUGCAUUUUGAAGACCUCCAAACAAAGGUAAAGAUAAAACCAGACCAGGUUCUGUCCAAGAAAAUACACAGAGUCUGAGUCAUUUUGUGAAACACACUUUUUCUGCUGUUUGACUCCGUCCAUCCUGCGAUGACCUUCAGUUUGUUUCCAAAGCCGUGUCCCUGAGAGUGACUAACUCUCUCUGUGUGAUUCCUCUGAGACUUGGCUGCUGUCAUCGGCUCAGGACUCUGAUUAAUAAUUCAAAAAUUUGCACUCAAGGACACGCUUCCCUCUUAAAUGAAUUAGUUCAUUAAAAUGAUCUCAUCUGCUGCCAGCUUGUAAAUAUGUUACAGUGGAGAGUUGCCUGUAAACAGAUUAAUAAAAUUAAAUCAACAUCAACACAAAAACAUAGUCAUUAGACAAACUUGAGCUACGCGAGUCACGUCAUUUCAUUAUACAUAAAGUGCUCAGGCCAAAACAUGUAAAUUAAGUCAUUCUGGUGCUGCAAUGGAAAAUGAAUUUCUCAUGAAUGUAGUCAGUGUUUGUUAAUGAAUUCAGCUGUAUUUACCAGCUCGUAACGUUGAGCCUCAGAUCAGACAGGUGUUAUUCAGGCUGUAAACACGAGUUCCCAAAGCCUCCCAGAAUCCCACUGGUGGAGUAAUCGUUCGUAAUUUAUGAUGCAGGAAUGACAUAAAGAUUCAAUUAGAGAGUAAAUCUGGAGAUUUUGUAUAUUUUCCUGUCUGUCAACAAAUCCUGUUUUAGACCAAAACCAACAUGUGUUUUUUUCUUUCUCCCAGCAUUGACUCAAGUAUAUAUCUGUCUCUUUCAUGGACUGCUACUGAACAUUUACAUUAUAAGCAGCGUCCAUUUUAAAGAGGGUUUAGUAAUUGUUGUUUUUUUUUUUUACUACUUAAAGUGUUAUCAGUGGUCUUUAAACUGUGAUGAUGAAGUUUUUAGCCAACAUCACGGUACCUCUGUCAUCUUUAAGGGCUUUUCUUCUGCAACUUUUGUAACUAGUGCUGUGGAGACAAAAAGACAAUCUGACUUGAAUACUAUUACCAAGAGUGGUAUCACAAUAAUCAAUACUGAAAUGAUACUUAAAACUCAAUCAUCAUGGUCCUGAACUGUUUAAAGUCCCACUCUGAUAGUUGAUUUUUUUACUACUUAUAGUGUUCUCAGUGGUCUUUAAAUUGUGAUUAUGAAGUUUUUGCCAGAAUCAUGUUACUUGUGUCAUUUUCAAGGUCUUUUCUUCUGCACAGCUCCAGUAGCUCAUUAGCAAUCCUCCUCUGAGUCGUGGGCGGAGACAGCGCUGACCUGCACACUCAUCUUCACGUUAGCUUGCAGUCUAACAUUGCGUGUGUAGUGGAAGAAGCAGGUAACAUAGGACCUAUUCAGCUCUCGGACACUAAUGUCUCUAAGGACAUGAUGAAAGUUAAUAUCAUAAUUAGCUUUCUUACAAGCAUUGCCAUCCGCUAAUGCACAUACUUGUUCCACGAUCAUUCUCUCUACUUCUUCGAUUCUGGCCUGCAUAGCGGGUCUCCGGGGGUGGAGCUUGGACUGGUUACGUAGGAAAUCUAACUGUAUCUGAUUCUGCCAUUUGGGUCCACCAGAGAUUCACAGCGAUUUAAAUGCAGAAAUACUCAGAAUUGCAAUUUUGCAUGUACUUUUUCUCAUGAUAUGUCCUCUAGCAUUAGAAAAAUGCCAUAUGAACAUGUAGACAAGAAAAACAGGAUUUUUAUCAGAGUGGGUCUUUAAAAAGUCAGGCGUUGUUAUAUCAGCAAACAGGAGAAAAGACAACUCCUGAAGGGGUCAGCUGCACUUGUUUUUGGUGCUUCAGCAGCAAAAUAAAGUCUUUGAUUCUGGUUUCUAAUAAAUGCAAUGAAAACUACUUUAUGAUCUUGACAUUUUGCGUGGGGUAGCGCGCAUACAUUUACGAUUCCAAGUUGGAGAGGCUCUGAUUGUCUUCUGCACAGAGUCAAGGAACACACCUCACACCACAUGAUAAUCUGGCUCUGUGUAAUAAAAAAAAAAUCUUUAUGCCAAACAAUCAAAAAGUUCUGAACAAUAUCAGAUAUUGAAUAUUACUGAGACUUUAACUGCGGAUUAAACUUUAAUGUCAAGAGGGAACAUUACUCUCCAGUAACAACAGUGACCCACGCUGCACUGUAGCUGCUGUCAUGGUGAUGAAACAAAGCACAUAAACUCAAACAGAGUUUAAAUAAAGCUGUUUUCAAAUGCUCCCCUCUGUCAAAGACUCUGGAAAUCUGUUUCUGUUUAAGACCCAGAUUUAUUGUUGAGGGUAAGGUUACAUUUGUUUGUUUAUUCUAAUAAUAUUUUUACUACAGUAGCCAUGGGGAGAACUGACAAGCAAGACCAAAGGGGCAUUAAGUCUUAACUUCCUAUAAAAAACAACUUAAUCUGAUGUUUGUCCUCUCUGCUCAGAUCACAAAAAGCUGCAGAAAGUUAACCCUAGCAUGACAAACGUUGGGUCCUCCGUUUCCCACAGCAUGAGGAGCAUUAAUCUAUAAUCUGUGCGUGCCAGUACCCACAAAUGUGUAUUCUUAUGGGUUUAAGUGCUGGAAUAUUUCAGUCACUGCCUUUAAUUUCUUUGUUUGUCAUGUACUUAGUCGAAGCCAUUUAAAACCUUGGAUUAAUUAGUGAGAAUGAUGUAGUGUGUUUUUUUAUGCAUGAACUUUUUAAACUAAAUGAGGUGACUGACAUUUACUGACUCAUUAGAACAACCCAAUAAAACCCUGAAAUGUUUCCAUGUUUUCCUGCGGAUCAGUUUGGAUCAAACACUCGUCUCUCAUGUUUCUCAUUUGAAGAUUUGCAAAACAUCCGUUUCAGAGACAAAUCUGUGCUACUUUUAUAUCUAAACUUUGGGCGUUAAUUCAGUUUAAUCGUCAUGUUAUUCUUUAAAAACCACUUUUCCUGUUUCUUAAUGAUGCUUUUUGUUUAACAAAUAUACCCCUGACUGGUUGAUUAAAUGGAUAAUUUAGUUUGGAUCCUCCAAAAUUUUAAAAUCUGGAACUUAAAAUUUACAACAAAGCCUCAGCGGUCAGAGUUUCUGGGUGUAGUUAGGCACUGGGGAGGUGGUGGGGCUGAGAGUUUAGGGCUAAAAUCAGUACAGGGCAGCAGUAUUAGUGAUGGAGCAGAGGCAGAGACCAGAAAUCCUCCAUCUGAAAUAGGCCACCAUUAUUGGAGUAUACACAUCUUAGGUAAUAGUGUCAAUAAUGAAUUGCAGAUGUGACUCUUGUGCAGCUAAUCAGACAUCACCGUUAUAGUAAAAUAAAUCUCCUGUGAGCAACUUUCCGUUUGUAUCGAUGUAGGCACCCAAAGCACUCUUAGCUGAUCUUGUCCUCUUCAUGCUGAAGCAAUGUCUGUAACAAAAAAUCACAGCCUGUUGACAUUUGACGGUCAAAUUUUUGAGUUAUUGUGAAAUUUUAUGUGAAAAUUGCAAAAACUGGGCACGAUGUUAAAGGGUGCAGGAUGAGAAAUCUUACUUGUAUACCAGCAAGUUCCAUCAAAUGUAUUUUAAAAAUGUUUAAUUACUGUAUAUAGCUAGGAUUUACAAAAAAGUACCACAUAAAAUAAAGCACCUGGAUGGAGGCGAGUAAGAUUCCCAAUGAUACUGUUAGCGAGGUAUCGUAUCUUAUCAUUGUAUCAUAUGGUAUUGUUUCAUAUCGUAACGUAUCAUUAUAUCAUAUUGUAUCGAAUCGUAUCAUAUCAUACCGUUUUGUAUCGUAUCGUGAUAUAUCGUAUUGUUUCAUAUAAUUUCGUAUUGUAUCAUAUUGUAUUGUUUCGUAUUGUAUCGUAUCAUUGUAUUGUAUCGUAUUGUAUCGUUUCACAUAGUUUCAUAUUGUAUUGUUUCAUAUUGUAUCGUAUCGUUUCGUAUCGUUUCGUAUCGUUUCGUAUCGUUUCGUAUUGUAUCAUUUCAUAUUGUAUCGUACCGUAUUGUUUCAUAUUGUAUCGUUUCGUAUUGUAUCGUAUUGUAUCAUAUCAUAUUGUUUCAUAUUGUAUUGUAUCGCUUCGUACCGUAUUGUUUCGUAUUGUAUCGUAUUGUAUCGUUUCAUAUCGUUUUGUUGGGUAUGGAUGGCCAGCUAACAUGACACAAAAAAACGAGCACUUCCAAAGCUCUCAGGUGUUUCUCUGUAAGGUUCUGUAUCCAAUUGUUGGUGGCCUUCAGCGAACAUAUACUCUUGUUUUUAUCAGAACAAAUGGCGCGUUGUGUGAGGGCCGAAAGUGAUUUCUUUAUGUUUACAUCAGUGUGGUUAGAGGAAUGGUGCACAGCCACCUCCAUGCACCUAAGCUACACCACCUUUGUGGGACUUGAGGGGCUCAGGAAGUCUGAGAGAUCUGAGAGUGAAAGUGACAAAGUUUCUAUAAAGCUCUGGUGUACAGUCUGUGGUGUGUUUCCCCCCUCUCACACACACCCACACACACACACACACAUUGAUAUUUGCUUCUUGUCUGGCUCCAGUCCAACAAAUACACUUUUAACAGAACCUACCACAGCCUGCUGAGUGUGCGCUCGUGUGAUUUUGUUCCAGUUUGCAAUUUGGAAAAAAACACCAUCACCUGAAGUUUAUGAUUCAAUAUCCUUAAUGUAUGAAUUUUUAAUGUGAUGUAUUACCUCUUUAGCAGUUAUUUCUGUUGGAUCAGAGUUCGGCAUCAAUCAUAGUUAAUGUGAAAAUGUGGUUUUAUUAUGUGUCAGUAACUGGCCAACACAUUAAAGGUUAAGAGUGGAUACACAGUUAAUGUGAUUUGUUUUACAAGAUUAAAUUUCUGAUGCUUUAAUUCCUUUCUGGUACUGAAAACAGUGAUAAAUUUGGAUUAAACUAUAUCUUUCAACUCCUUUGUGGGUAUAGAGAGUUGGGUUAAAUAGUGCUACCUUUUAAGCUACCAUUAAGUACCUCUCACCAAAGCAAUGCUGGACUUCAUCUUGAAUUUAGAAAAUAAACUAUACAUGGAAAAGGCUGAGGGAAUAUCACUGACUGAUUGAAGAGUUGGGUCCUAAUGUUUCAAGGCUUAUGUCAAACUCACGGAGGUCCAGUUUGAGAACUUUCUGGAAAAGAUCGUCUCAUUCACUUGCCAAAUACAAGCUAAUUCAGAGACAGUCAGUGGAGUUUCUCCUCCACUAUUGCUAUUGACAAAGCUGAUUUUCUAAGUCAUGUCUUACAAACAAGGCAAUGCAGGAAAAGUGAAAUUGACAAGUUAGGCAAAGAACCAAACGUUGACUUAUUAUCAGAAGUGAUUGCUGUGAGCCCAGCACCAAAAACAGCAGAAGGGGUCUUUGUAAUGGGAAGCCAAAUGUUGGAAACACUUGGCUCUUUGAGUUUUGUAUAGAAAGCAGACCAGGGCUGGACAGUACGACCAUUUCACUCGCAUUUGCUACUAAAAGUUGAUGUGUGCAAAUUGUGAAAUGUAUUUAGGGGCAAAUGUGAGCAUAAAAAAAAUCCGGCAGAGCAACAAAUGUUUUUUCGUGUAAAUACCGUGGCAAAGUUAGUUUUAGGUUGGAUAUUAAACGGAUAUUUACUGCGGAUCUACCGGUAUCUUCUCACUCUCCAUAACCAGGAAUAGCAACAGCAGCGUCUACUCUGCAUCCUCGCUGUCAACGUCGGUUGUUGAAUAAGGGACCGUCAAUAAAUUACCGAUUGAUGUUCUCAAAAAAGCUGCUUUCCUGCAUUAGCUUCCAUGUCAUGUGACCAAUUGACCUAAAAUUGAUUUCAAAUAAUCGUACUUAUGUCGACCAAUAAGACAAACAUCAUUAGAUCAAUUUUCAUUGUGCCCCUAAAGUUCUUUGUCCACUUUUUUCAACUUAGGAGCACAUGUACUCCUUGUGAAAAAAGUUACUGUCAAGCCCUGCAAACACAUUUAAACCAUCUACUUAAACAUUUCCCUGAAACUUGACCAGACUUACACUCCAUUUCAACGUAUACUUGGCUAAUAUCAACAUCUAAAAGCAUGUAAAUGAGCUACAACAAAAUAUUGCUGAGUCAUGCUAGCUAGCUGGUUGCUAGUGUCUACAGCAACUUAAUGCACCGACUUAUCAACGACUGCCACCUCACUAUAACGAGCAACCACACAUACCUUAUUUUAGGCUAAAUUAUGUAGUAAACUGAGUUGGGGGAAAAAACAGGCCAAAAACUUAGAAAAUCACACAUUUGUAAUAGUGAUAAUGCUCCUGCCCACAUGUCAGUAUUCUCUUUAGUGAACCACUUAAGGGUCACUUUGGGACAGCAGAAACAAGCCGUGAACACAUCACUGACAUAUCAUCACUGUUUAAGUUGAUAUGGUGAGCGUGUAAGCACCAAGUUGUUUAUUUACUCUCCAGGAGUUACAGAACAACAUGUUUUUUCAUUUUGGGUAGUACUCACUGUUAACCCUGUUAUGAUCUCUACCAUCUGGUGAAAAAUCUGAAACAUCUGGAUGUUUAGCUGCUAAAUGCUCCUCUGUGUUCACCAAUGAAACGAAACAGAAAAAAUUGUGUAACAGGAAAACAAAACAAUGAGCUGAAAAGCCCUAAAACGUGCCAUAGAGCUAACUGUAGAGAUAAACCACAGAUAGUUUGAAUACACCUUUAUGUUUAUUUAUUCCUCUGUUCAUAACGAGUUUGCCAUGUUUCAGUUUUUUAUAUGGAUUUUCUUUCAUAGUUUGAAGGUUGCACCAAGGCCUUCUCACGUCUGGAGAACCUGAAGAUCCACCUGAGGAGCCACACGGGAGAGAAACCGUACAUCUGUCAGCAUCCCGGCUGUCUUAAAGCCUUCAGCAACUCCAGUGACCGAGCCAAACACCAACGCACACACCUGGACACGGUCAGUACAACGCAACCCAUCAACACACGCUCAUCCACGCCGUACCUGUCUGAUUAAACAUCAUAGUUACAUCUAAACCUCAACCGUAAGAGGACUUUACCUUUAAAAUGCAUCAAAGAUUUUCAGUGAAAGGUGAUGAGUUUCACACUUUGGUUCAGUCAAAUGUAAAAACAUAAAUAUCACCAAACUCAAGUAGUUUUUUUUUAUGGGAUGCAUGUCACAGUGAAUUAAAGAAAGUCUCAUCUGGUUUUGGUCAAGACUGUAAAAUUCAGAAACCCAAAUGAUGAAACUGAUGUAAAAAUGAGGUACGGGAAGCAGAUUUUGACCGUAAAACAGAACGAGAGGGAUUUUAAAGCUUUGACGGUGGCAAAUUAAGAGACUUUACCUCAAUUUUAAUGCAACUAAACUAAAUAUUGAGUACAUUUUUUUGUAAAAUGAAGGAUUUUUCUUCUCUAACUUCAUGUAUCUGACUUAAAUUACCAAAAACACAUAUUGUUCUGAGAUAAACCCUGAUUCAAGGCACUGAUGCACCUCAACUUGUAAAGACUCCCUGUGUACAAAUACCCCAGCCCCCCACACCCCCAUUAAAAAAACUAUCCCAAUUACUCACACACUUAUUUUGGGUCUAUAUGGGGACCAUGACAUCUGUCCUCGACUUUCACACUCAAACUUGUUUAAAUGUAUAUAUGAGCACCUAACAAUUUUUUUUUCGGGGGGACUGAUGAAAAAAAACAUAUCUCAGUCCUUAGAAACGGAAACUUGAUUCUAAGAAGUAGUUAUGAGGUAUUAAAUAUUGUGGGAUUGCUGAUUUUCUUCGCGGGGAUCACUUAUUUUACAUGACAGUGUGUUUAUUGGUCUUGGAGAGCAUAUAUGAACAUAGAGGUAUCACUUGAGCCAACGUGUAAGGGCUGAGGACUGCACGUUAGAGACUUGCUCAAUCUGAAGAUGUUGAGCAAGAAAGAAAUUAUUAUAAUUGCUUCUAUGUGUAAAAAGAGCAACUAGCAUAACCCUUUUGAAUCUCUAGACCAUUGGUUGGUGGCCUAGUUCCAGUGUGGAUCAUAGUGGAUAAGAAAUCAGAGACCAUUGGAUCUUUCUCAGAGGUUUUAUACUUCAUUAAACUGUGUGCUUAAAGUCUGACUUCAUGGAAAUACAAUGGCUAAAGACAGGAAUAUCUUUUUGAAUAAUGUUAAUAUCUGUAUGAAGUAAUAUGAAACAUUUACAAAAGUUCAUAAACCCUAUGUCUGAAUGAUAAAUAUCCAUCAAUUAAGCGCACAGAUGAGAAUGGAGAUGUUUCAUAACAGCAGGGUUUAAAAUCUUACUCUCCUGUGGAUUUAAAAAACAUAGAUUUUCUGUGAUGUAUGGUAUUUUCUUAAGAAUAAGUGGGAAAACACGGUGCAGUUACCACAUAAAAUCACUUUAAUUCAAACUGCCUCUGCUUCACUCCCCCACCCUCCGUCUGAUAUACAGUCUGCAUACCUGCUGUGGAUUUAUUCAACAAAACCACAGUUAUUUUUACUCCUGCUGACAAGCGAUGAGGACUUAGCACUAAUCCAGAAAAUCAGAUCUCUUAUUACGCGGGCGAGAUGGAGCUAGAAGUUGCGCUCCGGUGUUAUUACAACGAGAGGAGAGAGUUAUUUUCUCCUUUUUGUGGUUUAACGCAAGCUAAUAGCGGCUUUGCAAUUGCGUCACAAAUCAAGGAUCAGACACUUUUGGCGCCAUCACAGAGGCCCGAUGGAGAAGUGAAUGUAAAUAAUUACUGAAUAUAGUGUAACAACCAGGCAGGGGAUUCAAGCUGUUAUAGUUUGACUAAAUAACCUGUAUUGUGUUACUAAUGUUAUGAAUAAUAUUGUGUUUGAAAAGGUUUGUUUCCCAAAUGAAGGAACUCUUAUGCAGACAUGUUUAACAAUAUGCCGUGCACGUUACUUUAAAACGUAGCUUGUUUUGGGGGCAUAUAACAAGAUUAAAACAGACAUUGCACACCAUUUUCUACAUAAAGAUUCGUAAGCAAAUCUUGCAAUACACCUAUCAAUACUAAAAUAAUAUCUGACCAAACGAAUCAGCACAUUAAAUUUAAUGUUCUGAUUUAGGCGGCUUUGUCACGUUUGUUAGUCGAAGCUUUUCAGGCGUAACAUCUUGAAUUGCAACAUUAAACAGGAAAGCUUUGUUUAAGCCCUGUCGAUUUAUGACUUUCAAUAUUUGUAUAAUUUUGACAUACACACACAGCCGCCGACUGACAUGUCAUUAAUCAUUAAUUCAUGUCUUAAUUUCUAGCAGCUGACGUGACUGCUGUGCAUGCAAUCGCUCAGAGAUUUGUGUAAGCAUACAGAGACAGUGGAGUUCAACAUUUCAUUCAGAUUUUUCCGUUUAGAGCGGCUCACCUCUCAGGGAUGUUUCGAGAGGGGAAGACGUUGCGCAACUGUUGUUGGUUUUACUGUAAGACUCUGUAGAAGGUUACACACUCUGCUGUCAGAUCUACGACAGAGUAGCUGAAUGUCUGAGUUACACCGAUGUGUUUACAUUAUUGCAGAAAUAACACUGGAUAUAGAAAAGACAAACACAGCAACACAAGUAACACUCCCUCAAAUGCAUACUAAAACAGACAGGAUUUUCACUCAGGCACUAUCUACUGUAAAGUGAAUCCAACACCUCUUUCACUUUACCACUAGAGUUUUUUACUUUAAUUUGAACUCCUAUUUUUAAGCGCAAAUAUUCCUCUCAACACACAAUGACUUUGUCUUUUCAUGAACAACACUUGGAAAGCGGCACCAAACCAAAUGUGCUCUAUUAAAAAGCGUUAAAUUUAAUGAAUCAUAGGCAUCGCUGUUCCCACUAUUUCCUGUUUUUUUCUGGUCUGUGAAAUUCUGGCUUGACAUGUUUUAAUCUUGUGCAUAUGUUUUCGUGAUAAUUUAAUAAACUCCACCCGGUUCGCAAUGAAACUGAGAGUUCAAGGAGAUGGUUUAAUUACUUAUAUAAUUUUACAACUUAGAGAAACUUGUAAAAACAGCCGACACCAUUUCAGUCAAUUCAACAGCAGAAUGCUGCCACUUUUAAUUACACAAAAACAUGUAGGGGAUAAGGAUAAUAAAAGAGUGGGUGGUUAUGGGAAAUAAAAUACUGACGGGCAUCAUGUCGUAUGUCAUUCUAGGAUUUUGUCUUACUUUUAAUGGUAUCUACUUUUAAUAGAUUCUGCACCCCACACAACACACACACAGACACAAAUCUUCACACUCUGCACAGCAGGACAGGAACAAAUAAAAGACAAUAUAUAAACCGAGGACAUAACGAUUAAUUAUAGAUAUGAAGUGAUGGUAUAGUAUGAUAAUAAGCAACAAAAAGUUCACUUCAGGGUAGAGUAAACUGUGAUAUGACGUAAGAAAUAGAAAAGUGAGACAAACUGCACUUUUUGGUCAGGUAGUGUUGUGAUAUAAUGUAAUAUAAUGUAAUAUAAAUAUAAUACUAUACAACUUAAGUUGAAUUUUAGCUUUUAUUCAGGUAGCUAUUAUAACAGAUGCAGAAAAUAACUGCAGCACUCUUUGUCAGAACUUUUCAGUUUCCACUUGUAACUCCUCCAAAGCAUGUCCAGUGUCACGGCUUAUGAUCGUCUGUUUUCUUCAAUCUGGCGGAUGUCUCUCUCUCUCAGCUCCUAGCAUGCUUUUAACAUCCUUUACAGGAAUCUACAUCAUUAAUUCCUCUUUUGGACCACCAACAAACAGCAAUUUAUUAUCUGAUGAUCUCCAAAUUUCCAUAUGACUCCCAAUAUCUGCUAUAUUGUUUCUAACACUAUCCAAAACUAGUGUGUUUGUUGCAUCUUCAUUAGGAAGCAGUCAAAUCAUAAAUCUUAUAGAUGUGCCAGACUCCUCUCUGUGGAUUAAUCUGACAUGAGGUGCAGUAAUUAGACGUCCACAGCCCCAACUAAACAACUGAAUAAACUUUACAGCUGAGAUAUUUUUCACUUACUCGAUCUUUUUUUACUUCUGCGAUGAAAGGUUCGCUCAUCCAGAAAUAACCUGCUGAGAUUGUUGCUCUUUUCCUCUAUAGUCCGACUGCAUGUAAAUGUUGAUAGAGAGUUUAGGGUUUGAUUAAAUUUAUUUAUGUCAGACUUUGAGGAAGUACAUCUGCACACCGAGCUGUUCCUCUUACCUCUCCUUUCUCUCUUCCUCUCUUUAAAGCCUGCAGACGAAAGGUAAAUAUACUUCACCGUCAGCUCAGGAGUUCAUUACGUAAAAUGUUGACCAAAUGUACAUGUGCUUCCUCUCUCUGUUAGUGCAGAUGUCACGCUAAGUAAACUGCAGCUAUCCUAAAUGUUUGCGUGUAUGAUACACAGCACUACUGUGCGCAGCAUCGCACAUGUAAACGUUAUAGAUGUGACUCGACUGAACUUUCGCUGUUAUUGUAAACACAUGUUUUGUGUUUAUCGUCAUAUCCAGCAGGACUGUGUAAAUCAUAAAGUAAAGUGCUGUAAAUGUUUUAUGCUGCACUUGUGUAAGUCCUCCUGUAGUGUCUAAUAAUAGAGAUUGGAAAGGGGUCGAGUCUGUUUUCACUUAGUUGAAGCAGAAGAGUAAAUAUUGAAAAUGACCGAGCCUUUUGGAUAAGAUUUGAGAAACAAUGCAUGCAUGGAUAUGAUGUGUAGUCAAGUGUCCAAAAACAGAAUAGAAACAUAUAUAAAAACAGAACUGCCUUUUUUUGAGUAAUACCAAUAAAGAUAUAUUACCUUCUGGGAGCACAAGAUUACUGGCAUAUGCUUUUUAAAAACUGUAGAUAUAGUUUUACUUUGAUGAAAAUAUUUAUAUUCCCUUCCUUAAUGGAAAACAUACAUAUACUGUUAAUCUUGCAUCAAGCUAAGAUAUGAUCCAUACCCUGCAUUGCAAAAUCAAAACAAGGGCCUGUGUCCACUAACAGCAUUUUUAAAACUAUUUUCCAAACAAAACUGGGGGAGUUAGCAACAACUCUUGGAAAAAAUGAUCAAAUAAAUGUUUGUUUAAACAAAAAUCUUUCUGAACUUGUUAUCUCAUUAAAAUGAGGCUAUUUUUACCUUUCUAUACUGAUGAUAAGAUAUCUUUGGCUUAAAGUUUAAAUGUAAAACCAGUGCAGUUCAGCAUCAUUGACAUUGGUUGUGACUUUUUUCAAAUGAAGAUAGGUCAGUUUUUGGAACACUUAAUUGACUGACCAAUCAGGAUAAAGAAGGGGCGGGUCAUCUGACAUCAACGUUUUUAACAAUAAUGGCGAAGGUUUCACAGAGGAGACACUGAAACAGUGUUUGUAUGUUACUUUUUUAUAGGUCUGGAGCUAAUUUGAAUGCUGAGGGGCAGUUUUGAUCAGUUUUGUCUACAUUUUUUUGUUAACUCCCAUCAAAUGAAGCAAAAAGAGAAUUUUACAGCAGAUCCAACAAAGACUUUGUAUGAAACUGACUCAAAUUACACCUGUUGAAGUAAAUGCAAACAAGAGUAUCAAAGUUAAUGUGAACACUUUAUGUGUCAGACGUUUUAGAUAAGAUAUUGAAAAGAGGCCUUUUUUCACUUUUUGUCAAAGAGGCUUCGCUUUGUCCACAGUGGGCACCAAAACCCACCAAAACAGAAAGUUCAUCACAGGAGUUUUAAUGGUCUCAAAGUGUAGAGGGACAUCUUAUGGACAGGGAUGCUGUCAGUGGACACAGGCCCUAUCAGUGCAUGUCUCAAUAAGCAGAAAAGUAAUAAGAAGUUGUUUCUAUGUUUCCUUACACAGCUGUGUUUUCAUCUCCCCACAGAAGCCGUACGCCUGUCAGAUCCCAGGAUGCACCAAACGCUACACAGAUCCCAGCUCGUUACGAAAACAUGUCAAAGCCCAUUCAGCCAAAGGCCUUCAGGAGCGAGAGGUGAAGGUAAAAGCACCGAUGACGUUUUUACAUGUUAGGAAUUUAGCUGAGAGCAGAGUAUGAUUACUCCUCUAAUCUUCAUUAUUACAAACAAACAUCCCCAAUAAAACCUUCCUGUGUCUCUGAAAGUGGAUUUUCUCUCUAAGCACUCAUCAUUGCUUUGACUUCUCUGAGGUAUUUUCUAUUAAGCUCUUAUUGGACGGGGACAGAAGCAUUCCUUUGAAAUGGAUUUUAUAUGGAAAUGAUAUCAGUUUCUGUUUUCACUCCAGUUUUUCAUCCAGUGGUUAAACCUAUUAAGAGAGCCGAUACUGAUCUUUGUUUCACUUCAGUCGGAGGAUGGUUUAAAUACUGUUUUAGGUUUCAGAGUUUUCUGCUCUGAUAAGAAUAACAUCCGACAUGAAGUAUGAAAUCCGUUAAUAAUAAGGGAUGUUCUGAUACAGCAAAAAUGUAGUCCGCCUCAGUUUCAAGUCCAAAGUCUCCUCUGAAGUUUGAUUUUUAGAAAAUGUGUCUAAUAUCUUAACCAGAGUACAACAUGCUUUGAGUUUCUAAUAAAAAAGGUUGAAAGAGAAGAAAUCAAAAGAACAAAGAACCUGAUUGUUUUGUAAAACUCCUCUUUUUUUAAACUAAGGUCAGCUCGUUCAAUGUUCGUUCAGAUCAAGCCAGCUGUUUGGCCCGUGGAAGUGCUGCUUACAAAGUUGGAGUAAAUGUAGUGGAGCUGCUUUCAGUGUUUUCAAAAUCCACUCGUCAGAUCAAAUCUGCGCUCCUCAGAGAGAAACAAUUCAUUAAUCCCUGAUGGGAAAUUCACUCUGUCAUUAAUCAUGCCACACGCACAAAUCAGCAGAAAAUCCAUUAUCGGAGAUGUCAAAGUGAGAGGGUUGCAUGCAAAUGAUUGCUCAAGAUGCUGGAUGUUCAGCGGCUUGCGAAAGUGUAGCAGGAGUUAAACUGGCACGUCACCAGCAACCAGUUCAACCUCUGUUCUGGGCCUUACUGGGACUUAAACUGGCCACCAGCAAGUCUUCAACUCUGCACCACUGGGCCUAGAUAACAAGUCCGUCUUUUACAACAAAAUCAUGAUGCUACAGCACAAUUCCUGACAGUCAGGCAUCGUUUUCAGUCAGAAAGUCCUAAAACUUGCUUGCUGGGGGUGAAAUGGCCAAGAAGAUAUGAAAUUUGAGCAAACAUCUUUGGUCUGAUAUUGCAAAACUGGAGGAAAAGUCAAUAAACAGAGAAACUUUUCUUUUAUUUGGUAACUUUUAUUAACAAUUUGAAGUCGACGCAGCAGAAAAACAGAUUUGGACAACACUAAAAUGCACUAGAUUUUUCAGGGAAUAGAGUUAUCUUUACAUCCAGUUCAGGUUCUUUAAGAUCCACCAUUAAGUUUUCAGCCACAUGUGCAGUAAAUGCUGCGAUCAGACAGAUUUCCUUCUGUAAAAGUUUGAUACGUGUAAAAGUUCUGAGCUCCAUCUUUGUAAGUCGUUCCCUGUAACUGCAUGUGGAAGCUUUAAAAGAGAGAGAGAGAUGAAUAAUAGGAGGAGAGAGUGAGUAUGUUUAUGAUUCAGUAGGAUGAAAUACAACAAAACACGGUAUUACACACACUCCCUGGAAGUCAGAAUAGGGAGCCUAUUGUUCACUGUUAUCUGGGCCUUGUUUGUUUUCUAUGGACCAUGAGUGACACUGGAGCUUUGUGUGUAUUCCCAUGGCUUGUUUGCUUUAAGCGAAACCACGUGUGCUUGUAAGUUGUGACAUGGCUAACACGCCCUGCGCUGCAGUAAACCCCGUGGGGCUGAAGGGGGACUUUGAAAUCCUGAACAUGCACAUCAUAAACUCCUCACGGUUAUACGUGUCUUCGGGCUUGAUGUGUCACUGCUCUUGAAGUUUCUAUCUUCAUAAACACUGGUUUGGGAAAACAUUUUUCUCUGAUUAUUCAGACGUACUUUGUGGUUCCUGGGUGUCCUUCACAAGAUUCCUCUGGGUCCCGGAGCCGUUGGUAAUCUGUUUUGGAAAGUCUUGGGGGAAGCUCUGUUAAUGCCGGAUAAUAAAGUAAAUUGUCUUGCCUUAACUUUGUUAGAACAUUUGGAAUAAAAUUGCCUAACAAGAUUUCUGGAUUUUGUACUUUGAGGAGCUGGAUGGCAACACGAAACAAGAACCAGGCAUCUGGUUCAAGCUUCAUUUCUUCUUUUUCUUCUUAAAAAAAAAAUUAACAGUAGAAAAGUGCCUGCAGAAAACUAACUGCUUUCAAUUGAUCUACUGUAUGUCUUCAAAAGACAAGUGAAUCCUUUCACAAUUUAGCUCCACGGGAGUUGUAUUGCCCAACAGCAAAAAGUGCAAUUGUAAAACAACAGAAUUACUCUCAUCCCUACAUGUGGACAAGCAUCUGCACAGGCCCACCAGAGUGAAAACACAGCACCAAAAUGCCGCUAUCACCCACAUGCUUUUCUCUAAUUUGUGUGUUCGACAGGUUCAGGUGCACACGUUGCUGGAAUCGGACAUUUUGAGCGACUGCCUGGCGAGACAGCAUCUCCACAGCUCCGCCUCCUCCCACCCAGGAAGCAGCUCACCUUUACCCGGUUUAGACGACUUCACAGGUACGCACAAAUGUCCGAUGGAAACCCGCCUCGAUGUGACCAAAACAAAGAAAUUGCUCAAACACCUGGGCUGUUAAAACUGUCUCUUUCAUUUGCUCCCAUGGCCUCAUUUGCUCCUUUUCCUCUCCCUCCCUCCUUCCCUCAUUCCUCCGAUGAUAGCUCAUCAUGCCAGUGUUUACCUUGUCCAAUUACCGGGCACUGACUGCGGGCACGCUGGCCCCUUUCCCCCCUCGUCCUUCAGCUUCUCCAAACCGGUUUUCCAGCCAAAGUCUUUUUCUUUCCCUUUCAAUGGCUGAACGCAGAUCAAGAAGCUGUCAGGUACACUGAGGCUCACUUGGCAAAGGAGAGAGGAGAGUGUCCAGGAGAGCUGUCCACGUCUAUUACUUCAGACUACUUGCAGUUUUACCCAGAAGACUUUGAGGGAAAAACCUCAAACAGCGCACUACACUAUGUUUAUUCAGGGUGAAACAAGUAUGUCAGUGUUUAAUUUUGAAAACAUCCCAAGAGGCCUUUCUCCUAAUCAAACAUUUUAGCCUGAGGACAAAUUCCCGCCUGCUAAGCAUAUAAACCUGUGUUUGUACAUUUCUUUAUGUAUGUUGCACUCAGGUGACACAUGCUAUCAUCGUCAGCUCGCCGUGAACCCGGAGUCAAAGUCAUGUGUUGAGAGUUUUGCAGUAUUUUCGUUACAGCUUUAAGUAUUCCCACUCAGCCUCCUUUAGGCCUGGAGAAAAGGUUAGAUUGUUUUUAAGUGUUUGGCUAUAAGCUGAAAUAAAACUUUAUGAAAAGUAUUUUAAAUUUCUAGGAGAACUUUUUGAGUCUUCUGUCCAACUCAUUUUGUGUUUUUGUCCAAGUAAGUUAAACACAUAGACUGUAUAUACAGUGGACAACUUGGCUCCGCCUUCCGCCAGUAUACGGAUUUGAAGCCGAAUUGCUCUUAGUAUUUCUGGGAUUUUCUGCACUUCCUGGAAUCACCACUUGUGCAGUAGCGUUGUACACAUUUGGCGGGAGAGUCGGGAGAGUCAAACAUGAUGAGCUACGCAAUCUUCGUAUGCCCAUAGGUUGUAUCAAGUGUCAAUCAUCGAAAACAUGAACCCCCUAAUAACUUUUAAAAAUGGAGCUUCACAGAAAAAAGAGGACUUGAGCACAAACCAGUCUUACAGUAACUACAUGUCAACAUCACAACCAGGGGGGAAAAAAAUUAUAUUCUGUGUAAUUAAUUUCUAAAGUUUGUCCACAGCUCCAUAAGCUUUGCUGGAGGAGGCGGGAUUUAUGACCUAUACUGCAGCCUGUCACCAGAGCGAGUCAGUCGUGUUGAAUUAAAAACGGCUUCACAGUUUCAGAUGAAGAGCAAACCACUCCCCGCUGAAAAGUCUGUCUCAGGUCGGUGUCGACCCGUCCACAUGGAAACAAGGUUUUUUGUCGCAUUUCAUCCACAUGGAAAUGGCGUUUCGGGUGACUGUAAACUGUACUUUUUGAAAAUGGGUCAGAAUGUGCAGAAAUCGGUAAACAACGACCAUUUUAUCUCUGCAUGAAUGUCUAUCUGCAUCUCUUGAAACGAUCAUGUGACACACAGCGGAACUCGGAAAUCUAAAAUCGAGUUUUCAGAGAAAAAAAUCAAGAUUUUAUUUUUGGCCAAAAUCCUGCAGCCGUAAGUGUAAUGUACUUGUUAAUUGUCUCAAUUAAGUGUUUCAAAUCAACAUUUUACCCAAAUUAUGGUUGUAGUUUGUGAUUAUCACAUUUAGCUGUUAAAGUUAAUUCAAUAAUUGUAGCACAACCGUGAACAUCAGCGUUAAAAAUCUAUGGAUAAGCAGCUAAGACCUCCAAGGUGGCGGCGCUCACAGUUGCAGCGGCCCAAAACUCUUCGUUUUACUACAAAUUAUCGCCUUCUUUUGCAAACGCCAUGUUUGUUUACACUGGUGUGUGUUGAAACUCGGGAGAGCUCCAACAGGAAGGGGGAGCCUACGGUGGCCUGGAGGCGCGAGACAUGAUAGAGAGGAAAAUCAGUCCCUGUUUUUCACAAGUCUCGGUCCCUGUGUGUGAUGGUGGAUACUCUACAUAUGUAUAUCUAUAAUAAAGCCACACUUCUACCGAUCUAUUUCUGUCUUUCAGGUGUGUACUCCAACAGCAGCGGCGGCGGCGUCCACAGCAGAGCGAGUUCGGAGUUUCUCCCUCCACCGUCAGACAGCUGCUCCAGAUAUCAAGGCCUGGAGGGAAACUUUGACGCCAACAGUCCAAUAUCUCCACUUACAAGCCCGGGGAGCGUGAGAGAGGGGUGAGUGUGAGAUGUAAUACAAGUAGAUCAAUAAAGUCAAAUGAGUUGUAUCCAAAGAGUCAAUUAGGCUUUUCAUUUAUUCAUGCUGGGGAACAUGACUGUAAACACAUGUGCUCUUACGGACGCACACGUUGACUUUUUCAGACACAUUAAAACACGCUGGUCUCGGUUCGAGUUGUUAAGCAGCUCGUACAGUUGUUGAUUUGAUCAUUUAUUUGCUCUUGUUUUAUGGAGUGAAAUCACAAUGAGUGAAAAUGACUCCUCAGCACAUGAGAUACAGCUGUCCAAGGACGUGUUUAAAAGGAGUUUGCUUUUAGUUCUUAGAAAUGAGGUUAUUUGACUCAACAAUGCGCCCACAGGCAAACCGUAAUGGUCAGUUCAUCCAAAUAUGAAAAACAUAUUUUCCCACUUACCACUGUGGUGUUUGGCUGCGCUCUGACUUAUCUGCUGCUGGAGCUUUCGCUGCCAAACCAACACAAUGGACCUGAAUGAGAAUCGGUUCGAGCUUGGCAGAGUCACUCUUGGCAGAUUUCUACGACAGAUUAAAAAUAGCAGGAAUUAACCAGUUUUCUGCUCCUUUACGCACGUGUAAACUGCUGCGUUUUGAGGAUGAUUCACCUCAAAAUCUCUCGUUUGAUGGAGAUUUUCAUUCGCCUAAAACAGAGGGAAAGAUAGGAGUGUCUGCACUGUGGAGACAUUAUCACCAGAGCCGGAGUUUUGGCUUUGUGGUUACUCUGAUUGGGGACUUGGAGGCCACAAAACUUAUGUGUACUGUAAACUGAGACAAAUGUUGUCUAGCCCCGUAUAAAAGUAGAAGUGAGACUAAAAAGAUACAGCUGACAGCCUCCGGGCGUGUAGUUUCUGGACAAUAUUUCCUCCAAUUAUUGGUCACUAAAGAACUGCCCGUAAACGAACUUUCACUGAAACAACAAAGGCGGUCUGUCCAGAAAGAGGAGCCGAUAAGGCCAAAAACAUUCCUGCGGUUUAAUACAUGAUAUAGAAUCUUCACAUUGUGUAUAACGCACAUAUUUUCACAUGAGUUAUUUUCUAACGGGCUUUGGGUUUUGGCAGAAGAGUUGAUAGAGGAGUUAAAACCCGUUCGCCCUCAAACUUUCACGCUCAAGUUUGAAGCUUUCAAACCAGAUUUCACCUGAUUCAUCAAACGUUCAGCCUGAUUUCGUGGCAUUCAUGCAGCAAAGAUCAUUUCCAGUAAGUCGACUUUACGCUCAGAAGGUUUUUUUUUGAUAAAUUAAAAAAAGGCGCCGUAACCAAAGAUUGAAAACACAUCCAAAUUGUUGUGGAGUACAGUGCUGAAAUCGGCUUAAUGAUCUUUGAUUGUCAGUGGAAAAGUUUCUCUUCUGGACAUUUUGGUUUAAUUUUCUGUCUUUGGAUGUUUUAGAUUUUAGUAAUAAAGUGAACAGAGUUUUCAAAUAACCAUCCGUGACAUAAAGAGGAGGGGUCUAAUCUGAAUACAAACCCGUUUCUUUAAAUGAUGGAUCUCCUCUGGAUUUUAAACAUGAGAUCUUUAAACAAUAGGCUGCAAAUGGAGAAUUGUAGGAGUGAAUCUGUUUCCAUUAACUCAAAUGUUCCCAGAGGAUCUCAGUAGAUUUGUCUCGACUGUUUUUUAAAAAAGAAAAAGUUAUAGUGUUCAAAGAAUAAAAGCAAAACCAGUAAGUUAUAGUUAAAUAUUAGUUUUUUGAGUUUUCCUGUUUGGCUCAAUGUGUCACAUUAGUACACAUUAUUCUGCAAAGUUACCCUAACGCCCUCAACUCAAACCUCUUUCUGUCACAUUUUCAUCUGAUUUCAGUCUGAAUUAAUCUAUUCAUAUACGGCCUCAAACUCGACUGGCACUUGUUUUUUGUUAUUUACUACAUUUGUACUCGUCAUUAUGUGAAAAAAAAGUUUCCACAUUUAAACUUUAAACGUCAAACAGAUCUUGAGAAACCCUGAAAAGAUUAAAACAAAAUAACAUCUGUAUUCCAAAAAAAAGCAGGGACACUAAAACCAGAAUUUUAGGGUUUUCAAAACAUUUUAACUCCUUAUUUAAUAGAAAACAGUGAAUAAACAACUUAAUAGAAUAAGAAACAUUUUGAGUUAUCAGAUCACUUCAAAUGGACUCAGGACUCAGAGAAGUCCUCAGCUUUUCUGGAUCAUGUUUCUACAUGGUCUUCUCUUUGUUUGGUGAAGUACUAAGUGAUGCAGUGACAAACUUGUAUAAAGACAGCGGUAUUUCAGAGACUUUGAGCUCAUGCAGUGACGUCCACUACAGAGACAUGUCUGUUUUUUUAAUGCAGUGCCACCCGAGAGCCUGAUUAACCUUUUAAUGAUAUCAUGAAGAUAAUGAUGAAAUCCUUAAACUCUUAAAAUUGCAAACUGAGAUUGUUGAACUAUCUGGUGGUGAACCUCUGCCCAUCCAGUCACGCUACUAACCGGUUACAAAUCAAACUAAUGAGCUGGAAGAAGUUCAUCCAAGUUAUUUUAUGGUAUUUCACAACUUUUUCAGGACUUUGUUGGUCCUGUUUUUACUUUUUGAAGCGUACACUUUUCAGUUUUACCACCUGGUUUAAAUCUAUGUGCAGUUUUUUAAUCACAUUUAGGCUACAAAUCAUUUUCAAUCUGCUUUUAUCGAUGUUUUACUGAUUUACUGAAAUCCUGAUUUCGAGACAAUAGGUGAAAACCUUUAAACUCUUUAAUCCGUUGUGGACCCUAAUAAUUCAUGAAGUUUCUCACCUUGAUUCUGUUUUUAAACACGAUAAAUAAAAACUCUUUGAAUUGGCGUCCAAGUUUGGUUGUCUGUGUCUAAAUGCAGAUUCUCCAUCUCCUCAAAGUUUGCAGCCGAAGCUUUCAUGAAGCUCUGCACAAUCCGUCCAUUGACGUCCCUUUAUAGCAAAUGAGGAUGUCAUAGGAUCCCGCCGGUGCCCGCAGUACAGGCCGGCCUGCCAAAGCCAAUACCAGACGAGCACUUGUUUUUUCCCCCCAAAUGACUUAGCGAGACAUUAAACACGUGAAGGUAAAUGAUCUUUGCUUCACAGCAGAGCAGGCAUCGAGCUCUGACCUCAUAGCCAGGCGCGUGUUUACUCUGGCCGAGACGAGCCGUUUCAACCUCUUUUAAUUAUUUAAUACUUGGGGGAGUCAGAGGCCCGCGCUCAGGCCUGUCCAUCAGCGGGUAUUUGUGAUGUGCUCUGUUUGUGUAUUUUGCGGUAGAGGAGUGUUGGGAAGAUGGAUUGGCUUUUGGAGCGGCCUGUCUCUCGGAGAGCGCGAUGGCUCUCGCACAGAAAGGUUUUUAUUCAAUUUGAAGGAAAGAGAAGAGACGAAGUUUACUUUUCAGAAGCUGGGAGCGACAUCGGAUCCAAAAAGCCCGUUAGAAUGAAAUGUUUGACAUGUGCACACAUUUUUAUAUUUACUGUAUCUCUUACAUGUAAUAAGCGCACUUUAGUGACUCCAAGUAGCUGAUUGGUGGCUCUUAGAUCACGCUAAAUCUCCAUAUGUGUUGCAUACUCUCAACAUGAUCCUCUGUGAUCUGCACCGUGGAAGAUCUCCAGCGUCUCUCCUCUGCCAAAACUGAGAUCGGUCCAUGUGAACAGGCUGGCACCUUCUAUAAACCCCCUCAUCUCCUCCUCUAAUCCAGUACGACUCUUUAAAAUCAGGGGCGGAUUUACAGCAAGGCUACAUGAUGUCUAACAUGCGUUUAAAUCUGAGAGCUUUGCAGGAUUCUUCUCAUUCCAGGUAGGAGGAGGGCGGCCCGGCUGUGGUUAGUUAGUGCAAAGUCAGAAAAAAAAGAGUGAGCGAUGGCGAGUCGAGCCGGUAAAAUAUGAUCAGAGGAGCAGUUUCCUGAGGUGGUGCUGACAGCCGCUCCCUCAGGCGUGGGCUCGCUGUAGAGCUCGGGCACAGCGGCCGCAGAACGACAGAUCGACCCGGCGCGGCUCAGACAUCUCAGCUAUGUUGUAGCAAGAAUGUAAGCCGGGGGAACAGACGCGCUUGUUUAUAGUUAAGGUCAGCUCUGAUGGUUCAGGGGGCCAACGAGGGGGAAAUCCAGAGAACCGUUGGAUUCUUGGGGCUCACAGUCAUCGCGGCACAUUCGUUUCAACGGUCCCUCUAUAUCAAAGCUUACUGUGUUUACAUAAUCUUAUACAAAGCCUGGUUUUUAUUACCUUGGGAAGCCGCAGCCAUCUGUAACUUAUAUCAGUUAGGCUCUCGAAAAAAGUGCUUUUGAUUAAUUUUGGCUUUUAUUGUAUUUCUCCGCUGAAAGUAGAGACUGUUAAAUUAAAUAUAAUAGCGUUUGACAUGGGAAAUGGGUAAUAAAGAGACCUGGGGAAGAUAAAUGAUAGAUAUGUAAAGAAAUCUCCAAACAUUUCCCUUUUUUAUAGCUGUCAGACGCAAAUAUAGAAGGCGCUCGGGCCGGCUGCCAUCGGUAUCUGUGACAGAGCCUGGCUUGUUUAUGAAGCUCAGUAAAACCCGUCCAGCACAAACCAAGGCCAUUUGGAUCUCGGGGGACCAAUACGCUACGGUACAUCAUCCAGGAGAGUUCUCAGGCCACAUGAAAUGCUGAGAGGGAGCGCUUUGAAGGAGCUCGAGGGGGGUCAAAUACCAUUUUGGGGGGUUUCAGCUGCAUAUCUCCUCAGAGAGAUAUUCAGCUGCCUCUCUUUCUUCUCGUCGACUUGGCUCCACUGACUCAUUCGUUUCCACAUUGAGUCAGUGUGUUUGUGCACAGUCAGCACAUUCUUCGAGCGUAACGAUGGAUACAGCUCCACAUAAAGCGCCGCCUACGUUACCCCCACGAGACAGGAGAAACACUUCCAUGUAUAAACUCCACUGUUUGCGCACGGGGUUAAAUAGUUUGUGUGCGAUAACACAGCUGCUGAGGACGGUUAUCGGCUCGUGAGAUACUUCGGUGACACCUCGUCUGAUUACCUGCGGCUGCUGCAGACUGAAAAAGUGCGAGAAGUUUGCCAAAGUCAACGGUUGUCCUGCAGAAGUCAUUAUCUAAAAAACAACAUUACCAACUCCACUGUAAAAGAAGAGCUUGUGUGUGUGUGGAACAGAGACUGUUGUGUUUUAAUUGGUUUAUAAUCUCUUAGACUGACAAUUUGGUUCCAGCUUUAACUUUGGGGUUCAACGAUAAAGACGAUAAAGCUUGAAAGAAAAAGAUGACCGAAACACUUCAUAGUUAUUUUCAUGCAAACUGGAAUAAAGGACAAUAAAAACAUGAUUAAAGAGGUUGUGUCUUUAAUAGAGGGCGUUUUAAAGCUCCUGUGAGGGACUUUUGGCUUCUGUUGAUUUUGGAAGAUCCAGUCUUUGUUUAUCUCUGUCCUGAUAUGUUCUGUUGAUUUCGUCUUUCCCUGGUUUUGUCAUCUGAGUGUAUUUUCCCUUGUGUUUCUGUUCCCUACUGUUCCCCUGUAGUCCUGUCUUGUGAGUUUUCAGUUUGUGUUCGACCCUGUUUCCCUCCUAUUCUCAGUGUUUCAUUCUUUGGAUCGUUUUUAUUUUGUAGUAGUUUAUUACCUCCGCCAAGGAGGUUAUGUUUAAAGUGUGGGGACAACAUUUUUAGAGAUUAAUCGCAUUGAUAAUGUAAAGCAGUUCUUACUAUUUGCUUUAUUUGAGCAUCAGAUGGAUGCAAUAAAUGAUCUUUAUGAUCUUUAAUUUUGGAUGCACGCUACAUCAGUUUGGUCUUUUGGACUCAGGGGGAGGAAGCAGCUUAUUCUUCUUUAUUUCUAAGGAUAUCACUAUCACUCAUGAAGAAAUAUAGAGAAGUUUAUGUCAAUAUGGUGUCCAGGGAUUCCUGCUGCAUUUGUAUGUUGGUUACCUUUUGUUUCUACUUGCGUAAAAUUGUUAACCCCUGUGACGGUAAAGCAUAUGACAGAUUUCUGAGAACAUCCUUCAGACCUGUUCAUCAUAAUUUCACCUCUCAUUACGUCUCCAGAAACAGGCCGUCAUCCCUGUUCAUGUCUGCUGACGUCAAUGCGGUGACCUCCACCUCAGACCAAGCGAACAUCCCUCUGCACGGCUACAACAAAACCUACAGCCACCAGCAGGUCCUCUCACAGCAGCAAGGUACUUUCAUACUUGGAGCAUGGCGGAAACUGACUGUUUUUCUUAUUUUCUGUUUUUUAAAAAACGUCCCUUCUCUUUAUUUUGUUUCUCUAAGGAUGUCUGUAUGAAGAAGGGAAGGCCGUUCAACCAGCCAAUGAUGGAGGAUUUGAACAAACCAGUUACUUCACAAACCCUUCAUCCUCUCACUCCAUAGGUGAGACAGUAGAGAUGUUAGAGCACCUCAUGGGACAGUGGGACACAUGAGGGGUGAUGAAAAUGAUUUAUGAUACCAUUUUUAAACAGCAGGGGGCGACCUUUGCUCUUUGAGACCGUAGACUGUGUAUAAAAUGGACAGCGUCUGCCUCCUUGCUGGGUGAAGCCACUCCGAGAACAGCACCCCCUGGUGACGGGCUGCAGUAUAGGUCAUAAAUCCCGCUACUGCGCAGCGCUGAUUUCAGGAAAUGCAGAAAAAUCGCAGAAAUACUGAGAGCUUUUUGUCUUCAAAUCCGUAUACAGGCGGGAGGCAGAACCAAGUUGUCCAUAGUAUCUCUGUUUGAGACGUUAGAGAUGUACAGACAUGAAGUCAGCGGGUGAGAAUACCUCACCUGUGUUUCCUGCACAUAGAUGAUACCUCAGCAAACGCGUACUUGCCGAUCAUUACAGCAUUUUUAUUGUUUCCAUGGUUGCUAUUCGAUCGUUUCUGCAGCUCUUCUCUGCAGGUAAUAAAGAAAAAAAGAAAGAGGUUACAGAAAUAUGAGAGUUUAUGCCUCUUCAAAGGGCGAUAUAACAUCACACUUUACUUUUUCACUGUUGAUUCGUUUUAAGGAUGGUUUUAUUCAGUCCUGUAACUUCUAGUAGAAGCGCUUAUUGCACCCUUUCAAAAUAAAAGCACAUUUCUAACAAUGCAGUUAGUUAUUUCUUCCAAAACUGUAUCCUUGAUUUGAGAUGGUGCGUAACAGAGCGCUGUAAAUAAACAUCAUUAACCUGUGUUUGUCCUCUCUCCAGGGUUUGACUUGUUGCAGGACCUGCAGGGUCAGGCAGGAGGCGGUUACUCCAUGUCCCCCUGCUCAGACGACAGCUUCCUCUUCCAGACAGGAGGCGUCGACCGCUGCCUCAACCAGAUCUACUCCAUCUACCUGGACUCAUGAUGGCCGCCCACAACCGAAGGAACUGAAGUGAUUCAGAGUCACUCUGAGGACCGUGGCGGCAGACAAUCACAAUAUACUGUAUAUCUGCAGGUGAAGUCAGAAAUUAUUAUAACAAGUGCAAAAGAAUAUAAAAGGGAGAUUUAUUACAGCAAGCAGGGGUGCAAAACUGACCAAAAGCAGAUCUGCAGACAUGCACAGACGAGAUCUGGUCGACUCACUGACCUUCACAGCAUUUAUGAUGGAGAACGACCUUUGAGACUUUAUUCAUGUUUGAUCCAUUUGAAGGUCGAGAAGCUUUUUCUCAUGUUCAGCUGAGGUUGAGUCUGUCUCCACUGCAGCCAAAAAAGGGAUAACCGUGGUAAAAGAUGAUUGUAUGAAGUAGUUCCCAACAUGCAGAUAAACAAAUCUGUUGGUGUCAAAAGACAAAGAAGAAAAAAGUGAAGGAAAAAAGGAAACAGUUCUGCUUCAAAUAAUCUCGUAUUUCUCAAACUCCUCUCUGGUUUUCGGAUCAUUUUGAGGAGUUACUCGUUAAAAAUAAGUCGGGAAUCUCUGGUCACAAGUUGCUCUCAACCGUCCAAACACCAGAGCAAGAAGAACAUUUUUAGAAAAUGCUGCUUUUUGUUUUCUUUCAGAGAGCAGGAUGACAGGAUUUACGACUCUGGAGUCUGCUCUGAAAACAAGCAAAGUUAGUUCAGUUCAGCACUAAAGCUCGAAACUUUCUCCGUCAAACUGACCCUAAAAUCACUUAAAUGGUCGUUAAUACACCCGUUUUACCCUGGUAAAUUCGUUUAUGUGAAACAGGGUCAUGUGUUGGGCUGAAACUUCAACAUAAAACUUCCAAAAUUCACAAAAAAAAGAAAAAAUUUGUCCCAUUUUACACUUUUGCUGAUUGAAAAGUUUAGAUAUAUCCCUGAAAUCACAGAGCUGCUGGAGUCGGCACACAUAGGUACAGUCUCUUUGCGUACUUAUACACCUAAAUUGAUUAUAGUUUAAUUUUUAGAGCACUUAUUAAAUAAGACAAGUGAUUUAUAAAGCAGGGAAAAUAGAUUCAGAAAUAAAGAUCCAGCAGCGUAAAAACUGUGAGACUGUUGUGUGUGAAUCAGCAGAAAACCAAAGUUACCAAAGUGACUUUAGGAGUUUGGUUGCAGCAAUGUUCUUCAAACUGUAGCAGUGCUGCCCCCUAGUGUUUGCAAGACUGAUAAUAAUGAAACAUUCAACUGGUACAUGAAAUAAGUGGAGAUAAAAAUGCACUAAAACAUUCAUCUAUUCUGUGAUUUGUCUGCCGAUAAAUAACUUUUAGUCUGUGUAAUCAAACAACAACUGUAGCAUAAUCUCAUGUUUUUAUCGUACUUCUUUCGUUUCUUCGUCACAGUGCCUUUUAUACAUUUUUUUAAAUGUUUUUCUAUCAGUGUUUUUGUAUAUUUUCCAUCAGUGUUAUAUCCAGUGAGAGGGAGCCGUGCGUUGUUUACAAAAAGUUCUGUGCACUCUUUUCUGUCUCGUCACCGAGGCUGUAAGGAAAUGACCAACCAGAAAAUGUUUACACUGAUUUUGUAGCAAAUUAAAGUUUUCUUAUUAUGUUUUUUUAUCAGUGUAUAUAGACUGUAUAAAAAAAAAUUAGCCUGCCUUUUUUAUAUCUAAAUAAAAAUAUCUGUUUGUAUGUGACUGUGGUGGUUUCAUGGCUAUAAUUAAAACAGGCGAAAAAUGGUGAAGUUUGUGUUGGGAUGAAGUUCGGGUUAACACUGCCACCUGCUGGACACAUUUAAAAAAGCACUGAUUAAAUACA